GGAGUCAAGACUGAAACGUUUCCCAAGCACAGAAGUAAAACAUUACAUCCCCGAUUCCCAGCCCUCCUUACUGAUUGCCCCAGGGGUAUCUGACAUUCUUCAGAGGAAAUUAAUUGUAAUUCACAUCAAAAUUUCAAACACAUAGAUAUGCUGCAUAACACAAUACUUCUGGGCAGGGGUGGACCAGGGGAGGUGGACUAGAAGUUGUAUGUGUGUCAAAGAAGCUGUCAAUCAUCCAUAGAACAAAAGGGAACUGAAACUCCCCCAGAUUUGUAGGAGUAAUUGGUCUGAAUUCACACCUGGGGGUAAGUCAGAAGCAAAAGCGGGUGGUGGCAGUGGCUGAAAAGAUGAAGUAACUUACUGGAUGACUGGGGUGACAGAGAUGCUCUGUUGGUGGCUGCCGUAAUGAAACACCCAGUUCUUAGCGUCUAGAAAAGCAAGCUUCCUGUUCCAUAGAAGAUACGUUAUAUCUGUUCCAUGAAUGGCCGGGAAAGGUCUCUGUUUACUGCUAUUAUUUUUAAUUGGCUAAGUUGACUAGUCAUUGCAUUUAACAUUUGUCUCAUGAUACCAGGGGAGUACAAUUGAGGGGUUGCUAGUUUUAAGAACAGAGUGACACUGGGCCAUUCUCUUCCUCCCUUCCUGAAUUGGAAAUGCCAGCUUUGCUCUUUGUGGUAUCUGGUUAAUAAGACACACAAUCACUGUGGAUUCUUUUGCUUGAUGAAAAAGGCAUUAUCUUGGAAGUGGAGAAAUGUUCAUAGAAGGCCUUAGAGCCAAUCAAAUGCUGCCUUUGUUUUGUCUUCCUGCUUGGACUGGCACAGGAGCUGGAGUUGGUGGGCAAUGGUGAAUUUUAAGCUGGAGGCAAACACCUCUUUGUUCUGAUUCUUUUUGCCCGAUUCUACACUGAACAAUAGGAAGGAGGCCGGAGGAACUGGCUGGCAGUAGGAGAAGUCUAGGGUCUGGUUUUCAAAUGUGAAGGAAACUGGAAGAGCAUGAUGGAAGCGAGGAGGGACCAGAGAGUUGGUGGAAGCCUAAGUCAUCUCCUCAAUCUCCCAGUGAUGAAAGUUUCCAUGUCUAUUCAUGUCAUCACAGGUUGUGCUGAUGUCAUCACAAGCUGUGCUGAUGUCAUCACAGGCUGUGCUGAUGCAACCCAAGCAUUUAGGAGCCCACAUGGCUUUGGGGCUCUAACACGCCAUGCCACUGAUUACAAGUAGUAUCAGUUCUAUGCUCAUGCUAUCAGGGUUUGAAGAGGUGAGUGUAGACCAUGGGUAACUGGUACAGGAGAGCCUUCAUCUCUGUUAUCCCUUUGUUCUUGAGUUUCUUCCUUCCAACUGCUACAGAAUACUUUCCCAGAUUUACAUCCUCAUUUUCAUUACUGGGAGCCAAUGUAGCCUGUCACUCAGCAUCAGGGCCCACAAGGCUUCUUCUGACAUGGUAGUUCUCUGAUUCUUUGAGACCCCUGAUAGAUCAUGGGCAUGACCUGGUUCCUAGUGGUCAGAUGAAUGCAAAGGGCCUCAAUGUCUAGUUCAUUUAUAUUCCAGUCCCCACCUUUUUCUUUAUCUCCUAAAAGGUGGUGAUGUGUGUGUGUGUGUGUGUGUGUGUGUGUGUGUGUGUAGGGACGGCCCUUGGUGAUAGUCCAUCCUAGGAUAGAUAUUGUGUCUCAGUGUCCUGGUCUGUUCUCUCUUUCAUUUGUGGAUAGCUCCUGCAGUAGUUUCUAUUUCUGCAGAGCAGUUCUGUGAUCACAAGCACUCUAGUUACCUUGGCCUCUUUAGUUCAUUGGAGGAGCAGAGAGAGUAUAAUGCUCAUGAACCCAGUAACAGAAAGGCACAAAUGUAGGUGAUCCAGCUAAGCCAAAAGGGGCUGCACAGCAAACCAGGAAGCACAGCAGACCCCACCCUAAGCCUGGCUCUGGUUUGCCAGUUGCCUUUACACAGUCAUCAAUCACACUUCUUAAAGCUCAGUUCCCUCCUCUGCAAAAUGUACCAAGAGUCUCUUCUCAAUCUCUCUCUCUCUCUCUCUCUCUCUCUCUCUCUCUCUCUCUCUCUCUCUCUCUCUCUCUCUCCUAGAAUUAAUAUACUAAACACACAUAGGUACUAUGUAAAGUUCUUCAUACCAGUAGAAGGUAAGGGCCUGGAUGCAGUGGUACAGCCUCUAACUUUUUGACCAAAGUCCCAGGUAGAUGUGUGGUUUAGUUCCAUUGUCCUCAUCUUGAUCACAUAUCUUGUUUCUUUGUCUCUUCCCUAGAUUCCCUCUAGAGAUGUGAGGGAAAUCAGAAAAUGGGUUCAGUUGUUCUCUAACUAUUGGAGGUGACUGGGAAGAUGUAUUAAGCAUGACGAUUUUAGAGACAUAUUUAUUUUUAUUUGUAUGUGUUUUACCUGCAUAUAGGUAUGUACAAUGUCAGUGAAGGCCAGAAGAGAGCAUUAGGCCCCAUGGCACUGGUGUUACAGAUGGUUGUUAGUCACUACAUGGGUGCUGGGAGUAGAACCUGGGUCCUCUGAAAGAACAGCCAGUGCUUUUAAUCACUGAGCCAUCUCCCCAGCCCCUUAAACAUGUUUUGAGUGUUGAUAUAUAUUUUUAAGCAGAGUGAGAUGCUAAAGAAAACAAGUACAGAGGUUUUACAGAUAGAGGAGAUGAGCAGUCUGUGGAGGGCAGGACCAUUAUCUCAAUGUCCCAUAUCAGACUGAGGAAGACAUACAGUUCUGAGAAUGGGAUGCACUGCUGCAGUAGGACUGGGUUCUGCUCCCUGCUCCCAGACAACUUGUUCUUGGAGUCCCUCCAGCGUAAGUGCUGAAGCAAGCCUUGAUUGCAGACCCUCUAAACUCCAGAACCCAUUUUAUUCUCAUCAAUUUUUAAUGGGGUUCUGUAUUUAAUUUUGAUGUAAUAUGUGUAAUUCUGUACCCACCUUAGUGCAGGAAUUCAGUAAGUCCUCCAACUAAUCUUAUUUAUGGCACACUGAUGAGAGAUGAAACUUUUGCCGAACAUUUUUCUGGGGCUAGAUUAACAAAGGCAUUUUACAUCAAAUAUCAUCUGGAAAAACUUUCUGGAAUUCCUUUUAAACAUCUUAGUUCUCUGUUCUCUCCCCAUCUUCAGGCUCACCUCUCUGUUUCGCUUCAUAGAUUGGGCCAUGCAUUUUCUCUCCCUCUUUUCUUUUGGUUUCUUGGUACUUCCUUCACAGUUCCAAAUGACUCAUUUCUCAGUCUAAGCUAGAACGCAUACCAGGCAAACAGAGCCCUGCAGCUAUCUGAGAUGACUUCCUUUGAUGUCAACCCAGUGGGCACCUGCAUAUAUUCUGGCAUGACCAUUGGUGUCUACUCAAUAGAGCAAGUGUCCUCUCCAGCUAAGGAGGACUGUGCAAAAAGUCAUGUGGGAGGCUAUAUAGAAGAGAAUUAGGGGUAAGGGAUCAGACUAUAGGGAUGGCCAGCAGAGAGAAAGAGGAGAUGCUAAAAGAUGGAAUUGUAGGACUUGGUCGAUGUCUAGAAGCAAUGAUUCCUAGACUUCAGCUCUAGCAACAGGGCAGAAUGAGGUGACAUAUUCUUGAAGAGGAAUAUACUUGAGGUGAAAGUAGAAGGAAGGAGGUUUUAGGACAUAUAAUUUAUUAUUUGAAAGAUAGAGUGUCUUUGCUAUCUGUUUGGAUAUUGCCUUCCUUAUCUGGCUCAAGAAGAUGUCUGACCUGCUCUAGCUUUGCCAUCUGUUGAUGCAGCACAGCAUUAGUGGGGGACAGAGGAGCCAUCCCCUAGCUCCAGAACUCCUGACAAAUUGCCACACUCCACCAUUGUGACAAGUGCUUCCUGCAACUCUGAUUCUACCUCUAGUCUUCAGAAAUUGGUCCCACUGUGGGGGACCCCAUUUCCCUUAUUUCAUCUGGGCUUCCUUUGUUUUCCAUCUUACAGCAAUACCCACAAGAAUUCGUUUUCUUUAGGAAUUUCUCACAUCUAUCGUUUAUUGGUAGCAGUCUUCUUUUCCAGUACUACUUCUAGAUGAAUUCUUAAACAAUAGGAAAACAGAUGAAGGGGAAAGGCACCAAGGCAUGUCUGAGACUGCUCUCUUGAUCACCUGCUCCCCUGAUCACCUGCUCUUCUGAUCACCUGCUCCCCUGAUCACCUGCUCUCCUGAUCACCUGCUCUCCUGACCACCUGUUCUCCUGAUCACCUGCUCCCUUGAUCACCUGCUCUCCUGAUCACCUGCUCUCCUGAUCACCUGUUCUCCUGAUCACCUGCUCCCUUGAUCACCUGCUCUCCUGAUCACCUGCUCUCCUGAUCACCUGUUCUCCUGAUCACCUGCUCCCUUGAUCACCUGCUCUCCUGAUCACCUGCUCUCCUGAUCACCUGUUCUCCUGAUCACCUGCUCCCUUGAUCACCUGCUCUCCUGAUCACCUGCUCUCCUGAUCACCUGUUCUCCUGAUCACCUGCUCUUCUGAUCACCUGCUCCCCUGAUCACCUGCUCUCCUGAUCACCUGCUCUCCUGACCACCUGUUCUCCUGAUCACCUGCUCCCUUGAUCACCUGCUCUCCUGAUCACCUGCUCUCCUGAUCACCUGCUCCCCUGAACACCUGCUCUCCUUGCCACCUGCUCCCCUGAUCACCUGCUCUCCUGCUCCCCUGCUCUCCUCAUCACCUGCUCUCCUGACCACCUGUUCUCCUGAUCACCUGCUCCCUUGAUCACCUGCUCUCCUGAUCCUACUCAUUUUCAUAUCUUCCCAUUUGUGCUUUGAAUUCCUUAAGAACAGGAAAAUUAGCUUAUUCAUCCUUUGUUUCUAGGCUCUACCUAGCCUUUUGUAUGUUCUGAGUAACUUAAGAGUGUUUAACAAGUUGCAUGUCCUUUUCUUUUGUAAAUGAAAAAAAAUACAAUGUAUAGUUUCCCAACUUAAGUUUUGUUCCUUCCUGUAUUUUUAAUGAACUCUGUUCCUGAAUGACUCUUCUAUGUUAUCAAGAAUUUAAAGAUGAGGAAACCCUGAAUACUCCAGAAAACCUAAGUGUUCAAGCUAUUUCUCUGGCUGUGGCUUCGGAGUUGGGAAGGAUAAAGUGGCCUCAUUUCCAGUAACCAAAAGGAUCAGUAAAACACACAGGUAGGGGUUAGAGAACAUUCCACAUUCAAAUUAAAAAUGUAGGAUGUUCUAAAAGUACCAUUUGACAAAUCUGGGCUGGGCCAACCAUUACUUGUUAAAUUGAUGGUCAUGCACAAAGGAUGAUGCUGGUCUCCAAACGAGUUAUCCCUGUAGGAAAAACAUCCUUGUAUAUGGUUCCAGGAUUUUUAAUGGUUCAAAACAGACCUUGGAGAGCUAUCUUUUGGGAGGUGAUUGUUCCUACAUCCCACUCUACUGAGUUCUCUGGUAUUCACGGAAUGAAGAGGACCAUCAAGAUAAAUCACACUCUUCUUUCUGUAGGUGACUGUCACUAUCUUGCAGCCCACUGAGCAGCUCACCCUUUGGGUAGAAUAGUACUAUAUUUCUUAGCUGGUACAUAAUCUGCUCAACACCAGGGCUGACCUCAGAUGUCUGAGACAAUCUUAUUUUCCAUGCUUAACUUUGGUGUUCUUUGGGGGAACUUAUAGGACAGAAGAGUAUGUGGCAGGGCCAUGGCCAUUGGCCUAUGAAGUCACCAUUGAGGCACCAUCCUGUCCAGACAGUGCUGCCUAGAUUUUGCCACUGUCUGUAAUAGAAGUAGAAGUAACUCUCAGUCAAGAGGCCUAGGCUUGCUUGGUGCCAAGUGUAGCAUUCUAAGCACGUCAAAAUCCAGUGGCCUAAUGGAUAAUGCUAUUAUAGUCGAUCUAAUUAAUACAGCAGAUCACUGUUUCAUUAUGGGAACUGUGGGCUCCCAUCAGCGUAUGUCACUUAGAGUUACUGCCAUCAGCUCCUUCUAGUUCCUGGCGUUGGGAUGGCUAAUGCACUAUAUAAAGAUUCAGAGGCAUUUAAGAUGAUCACUCGUCAUGCUGAAUUAAUGUGUACAGCUUCCUGGCUUGGGCUUUCUUAAGUCUAGAAAUACUCCGGACUGAAAACUAAAGAUCUCUCUUGGUCCAAAUCCUCUUAGCUGCAUCUCAGCUAUUUAUUCUCUUGUAGAUGGUUUCAGGGAAGAUUGUACUAUGAUGGGAGAUGUUGUGGGAUGCAUCCUAAGUGUCACAUGAAAACCUCUUUGGUGGCUGUGGGGCGCUGGUACCAGUUGCAUUUAUUAUUUAUCACAAGAUACCUCUGAUACUCAUGUUGAUAUCAAUGUCUUCCUCCCACCCCUGUCUCCAAAUUCUACCAUUCUUAGAAGGAUUCUUCUUUGAACUUUACCUGUUGGGCCUUUUAUGAAUCCCAGAACAACCUCUCUGAAACUUUGUAAACAGUGUGAAGUGAUGGGAUGAGGCUCCACUUCCAAAAUUCUCAAGCUCUUCCCAAACAUUAUAUUUCAUUUAUCCACCCACUCCUAGGAGAGAAGUUGCCUGGACUGGACCCAGGAUUUAAAUAGCAAGACGAUCUAGUUUUCUCUUAGGAGUGGUCAACAGAAUGAAAAACAGAAACAUAAAGCUUAUAUGUCAUUUCAUUAUGGAAUAUUUUGAUUUAUAAAAAUAGAAUUGUACCUAAAAGUUAAACCUGUAUUUAAACAGAGCAGUAUAUAUGUUUUAGUAUUGUUACCAUUGGAAAUGAUUAGGUGUUUAACUUCAAAUCUUUUGAAGUUAGUUGUCUUAAAGACUUCUGGCUGAAGUCUGGUCUAGGUUUUACAAAUCAAAACUCCAGCAGACUGCCCCUGCCUGGAAGCUGAGCUUCUUUCUUGCUUGUUCUGGAUGUUGGCAGAAUUCCUUUCUCUGUGGUUGUGGGAACAUAGUCUUUGCUUCCUUGCUUGGUUAAGAUCUACUUCCUGUUUCUAGUUACUACCUCAUACUUGGGAGGCAUCUUCAAAGCUCGAGCCUUUCUCAUGCUGAUCUCCUGAUUUUCAGAGCUGAUGUAUAUAGGUUCUACAAUAAGGUAAUUGGAACCACAGCUAUCCAGAAUGGCCUCUUCUUUGUAUAUCAUUGAAGUUCUGGCUUUCACUCUAUCCCAAACCUCAAACUCUCUUAAUUUGGGCAUUUGGAUAUGUAUGGCAUGUCUUUGGCUGAACCUAUUAAGUCUGCCACGUUUAAUCUUUUUCAGAAAACCCACAAUCCAUUUAAGAUUAGAGGUUUCAAGGGAGACAAGAAAAACUCUAACAUUUGUUAAAACAGAGUACGCCUAGUGUCAGGCUAGCCCAGCACACCCAUCAUUGCAUUCUACAUCUCUAUGAACUAUUCGUCUGCUGAUGAGUUAGUUACUCGAAGCUAGGCAAUGCCUGAGCACGGAGUUGAGACCAGAAGACUGGCAUUCCUUUUUCCAUUGCAUUAUGCUUUCUUCCUGUAUCAUCUCAUUCAAGAGACUCAGCAAUUCUUUGAACAUAUGCAUGCCCUCUAGGUUCAUGGUCUCUGUUAGAGGUCAGAGCUUGGGGUGGACUGCAAAUUCCCUGUACCCUUUCUCCAGUCUGAUCAGUGGCAGGACCAGAAGGAACAAAAAGGACAAGUAAAACAAACAAGUAGAACAAGUAAAGAAACUGUGUGAGGGUCACUGGAUGUGCUGAGCUCUCCAGUGCCUAAGGCUGACUGAAGAGGAACCAGCCACAUCAUGGGUAUCAGUAUGUUUUCUCUUAUUGUGGCUAAUUUCCCGAAGACAGCAACUUACAGGGAGAGAUUUAUUUGGGCUAUGGUUUUGGAGGUGUCAGUUGUCCUGGACCUGUGACAAGUCAGCAUAUCAGAGCAGGAUCAUGUGUCAGAGAAAAACCUUCUCGCUUUGUAACAGAGAAGCAAGAGACAAAGCUAGGAGUAUGGAUCUGACAGUCAUCUUCAAGGCCUUAUUCCCAAUGACCUAAUUCUUCCAAAUGGGCCUUGAUUCUUACAGUUUCCAUCAUUGCCAAGAAUACUAAGUUGGGCUUCAAACCUUUAAGACACAGACCUAUGGGGGACAUUCAAAAUCCAAACAAAGCAUUAGCCCUACUGGGUAUCCCUAGUGGAAAUCUACCAAUAGAAUAACUGGUUCAUGCCCCUCCCCUGUUCUCAGUUCAGCUACUUGGGACUCUGAGGGGGAGGUUGUUUCGGGGUAGCAGCUCCUACUGUCAUAGCUGAUUGGAACCAAGAGUCCUAGAGCAGCUGAGACAGCUGGGUGAGAGCUGAGGAGAUCUACAAAAGACAAGCUCCCGGAAACUGUGGAGACGAUAGAAGAGAAGAUGGGACAGGAUCUGGUGUUGGCUUAGUGUGGCUACUGCUGGGACCAUGUCCAGAAGCCUCUCCUGUAGUAGUUUUGCGGAUUUCUUGAUGAUGUAGCUGGUUGAAUCUGAGUAGGUUACCCAUGCUGUGGUACUUUAUUUGGCAGCUGACAUUUCCAUGGCAAGGAUAUUUGGUUGGCGCCUCAAUUAGAAAACUGUUGAGAGACAUUCAGUUCCCUCCCUAAGAAGCCUGUCACAGUAACAACUCUCCGAGAAGCCUGUUAUUUCAGUUAUAUAUAUACAUAUAUGUGGGAUCAUGCAUACACUUUCAAAUAAUGUGAUUGGCUUCUAUCCUAAUUUGAUGUUCUUGAUUUUUUAAAUUCCAGUUUUUGUAUUGCUCCGACAGCCUAGCAGUAGCCCAUAAAUUUGCCUUUGCAUGUUGAUUAAACUGACCCUGACAUAUCAGGAUUACAAGCAGCUAACGUGCAUUUGGGUCUUGGCUGCUGAGGCCUUUUAGUGUUUGUCCUAAUGUCUUGUCACCCUGUGCUCUGCAAUAAGAGUUAGAAGUGUUGUUUGAAGUGGUGCUGACUUCUUUUGUUUAUAUUUAAGAGGGAGGGGGUCCAGAAGGGACCUGGGACCUCUUCCUACUGCACAAUCAUUUCCUACAGACAAUCUCCUUUGCAGAGGUGCUGACCUCCAGGCACCUUUGUUUCAUUUCAGGAAACACUGAUUAAAAAAUCUACUUUGGCUAUUCCAAGUCCAAAAGGCUAGUACAACAUAGUAUUAUCAUGGUUCUGAGUGGCAGGAAGGAUCAUGGUAUUACAAGGGUACAGAGGAGGGAGUGCAGCGUAGCCUUUGUGGUGGAUGGCCAGGAAAACCUUCCUUAUGCAAUUAACAUGCACACAGGCUGGAGAUCUCUCCCUCUCCCUCUCUCUGUCUCUGUCUCUCUCAUGUCUGUCUGUCUGUCUGUCUGUCUCUGCCUCUCUUUCUCUCUCUGUCUCUCUGUCUGUCUCUCUGUCUCUGUCUCUGUCUCUCUGUCUCUCUGUCUCUCUGUCUCUCUGUCUCUCUGUCUCUCUGUCUCUCUGUCUCUCUCUCUCUCUCUCUCUCUCUGUGUGCGUGUGUGUGUUUACAGGGGCUUCAAGAACUCUUCAUGAGUUACUGUAGCUCUAGACAGACUAGAAAACAUGGGCAAAUACCCAUAGCUCAGAUAGAGAUUUCAACAUGAAGAAGAUUCUGGGUGAGAAUUGGAGAGAAGUGAUAUUAUGAAAUGGUGAGGGAGAGAACUUAGGUUUAUUAGAAGAACCAGAUAAUGAUAUGAAGACCGAGUGAAGCAAUUGGUGCAUUUGCUUCCAAGAACUGCAGACCUACUAAGUGCUUGUAGAAUAGCCACAUUAUGUAAUUUGGCCUUAGAGAAGCCAAUGUUAGCUGGGUUAUAGAGAAUGCUUUGGCAGAAGCAGUACCUGAGUCGGGGGGUCCACUGUAGCACCGAUAGUAAGUGAUAAUACAAUGGACUGACUUACAGCCUGGGGAGAAGAAAAGGAGGGAAUUUGAGAUGUGUAGGGAUUGCCCAGGAUGGGACUUGGGGUAAACUGAGGGAAAGGUGAUGACAACUAUAAUACCCAAAUUCCUAAUUUGGGCAUCUGGGUAGGCUAUAACACUUCAUCAUUACAUCAGGGAUGUAAUGACACUACAGGUGUGCAGGAUGGUCAUGCUGAAUUUGAAGGGUGGAUACCAAAGACUGAGCUACAGUUGGUAUCCCGUGUAGGGCUUGUUUCAUGAUCAUAAAUAUCCUCUGAUCGGAGCAGCCCUUAUCUGUGUUCCUACAUGCUCUAACAAGCUUCCAGGACCUCCUAAAAUCUAGACACUAAAGAGCUAAUGUGCAUCACAGAAGGAGGUGUCCAGUUUUGCUUGGUUAAUGUUCAUGGCAUGCUAAUUCAAAAUUUAAGCAUCUUCCCUAUGGACAGUUAAGUGCCCUGUAGGCAUAUGGCUGUAAAAAGUCAAGAGUUUUGGAGAAUGAGAGGCCAUGGUCAGGAGUAUUCUAUUCAAGAGCCAUGGGCUUUAAGGUGAAGCCUUGGAGUGGGACAGAGUUGUUGGGAAGAAUGUAAAGGCUAAGAAGAAAAGGACUUUGGACUUGAUGUUGUAGCAAGGGAGAAGAUGAACCGUUUUAAGCAGAGCAUGAGGCAAUAUGAUCAACUCUCAGAGCUAAAGAUAGCACCAAAGAAGCAUGACGUGCUAGUGCCUUCCAGGAACUUGCAACCUAAUUGGGGCAGGCAGGUAAGUCAAGUCUCUUGGAAAGCAUGAGAUUCCAAGAAGAUUGUGUUAGGAUUACUUAGGAUAGUAAGGAUUAGCAAAGACCAUGUCUUUCACAAUUCAGCCUGGAGCCCUCAUGGAAGAAAGGUGUUUUACAGCCCAGUGAUUAUGCCCAACUGAGGGCUUAGUCAAUCUACUUGCCUUCACUGUGAUUUUGCACAGAAACCAUUGCUCCUUAGAUGGGAAUAUAAUAAUUAAGUGACUUAUGAGACUCCUCUUCAAAGCCUGGGCUUUGGAAUAAGCAGGUGUGUUUUUAAUAGAAGCAAGUGUUUGUGUAUGGCAAUUUAAAGUUUCUAUAUGGUAGAAUGCAGUUUACAAACACAGUGAUACAUGUGACCUCUUAUCAACUCUUUAGUGUGAACUGUAGAACCAAUUGAAGAGGUAAGGAAUUGAUGAUUGAGGUAUGCUAAAAAUUAAAUAAUACAUUACUGAGUCAGUCUUUAAAUAUGGUUUUUCCCAUACUCCAUGAAUGCUUUGCAAACUGUUUCCUGGGUCUUUCAGGGAAGCCUUGGGAUUGUGGGUGAUGGAGAGGAAUAGGAAGCAUCCAGAGGAUGCAGUGCCUCAAUUCUCAGGAACUGGAACCUUCUUGCAUCUUUUCUGGGAAUUGCUUUCCUCCCGGAAGCAGUUCUCAGCAUGGCAAACAUUCUGUAUCUAGUAGCAUUGUCCCUGGCUGACUUCUGAGGAUGACCUGUACUGGUCCCCUGAGCCACAUCCAGAUCUAUUCAGACAUCUCUUCUUUUCUCAUCCUGCUGUUGAUCCUGUGCCCCAUGGCCCUUCUCCCUGUGAUGCCUCCUUGGUCUCUGCCCCAAGCCUUUCCUGCCGAUUCUUGGCACUCCUGAUACUAUGGUUAUAAACAUUUACCAGCUUGGACGCUUUCCCAGACACCCAUUGAUGCUGCCCCUGUGACCAUUAAGAGGACAGUUUUAGAGUCUUCAGUUGUUGAUGAUGGACUUCUAUUGGACACUUUGUGGCAAUAUUUUCCUGAAACAAAUGUAUUUCCAGCAUUUGGAUAACAAUGCCCCUAUCCUCAGAAAUUGUACUUUCAUUAAAACAAUGCUUUUUCCCCCCGUUAAAUUAUUUCUAAAAGGUUAUAGUUUGCUUUGAUGUACCAGCAAAUAUAAGUUAGGGCAUAAAGAGAAAGGACCCUGAGACAAAAGAAAUAAUUUUAAUUCCUAAUUAAAUAGUGAAAUUAAGGCUACUACUUUUGUAGUUUCUAUUUCUGAGAACUGCCUUCAAGUCUGUGACAACUUUUGACUCAUAAAUGUGUGCAGCACAGGCCUAAGCCCUUUUAUUUUUGUCAAAUAUUUAUUGAAUACCUGGAGCCUCAGCACAAAGCUUAAUUCUACAUUCUGUAAAGGAUGCAAAGUCCCUGUCCUCAAGAGAUCAGUUUUGGGUCACAGUGUGUGUUGAAGCAAUACAAGAAGUAGGGAGAGAUGAGUGGGAACGUGCAAAGGAUGGAAUGAAGUAACCAGUCUAUUUCAAAGUUUUGAAUGAGCACAGUGGUGCUGAGAGAGGUGGCCCUUUAAGGUCUUACACAGAGGUGUGAGGGUUAAUAGUUGAAUCACACUGGGCUCGGAGAGCGGGAAGCUGACUAGUUGGAACUGCUGUCACUGUUCAAUUGAGGCCCAGAUGUUGGUCUGGGGGAUGGUGGUGAGCUCUGGUCUCAUGAGAGUUCUCAGCCAGGAGAAACUCAAGACAUUUCAAUUGCAUAUUUUGGAAAGUGUACUUCAUCACCAGUAAUUCUUGAUGCCUUGGUCUCUGGCAGAUGGGAGUCAUGAGAGGCAUUGCCCCGGAACAGCUCAUCUGUCAGUUCUUCUCGGUGAGACUGCAAGCUCUGUAGCCAGAGGCCAGAGAUCACAUCCUUUCUACUGUGUUGGUUGCUCAACUUUUCUUGCCUUGGAUUUUAUGCAAUGCAAGAGGGAAAGAGCUUGGGAAUUAUUAAAUAGCACUUCAAUAUUUUGACUAGGGCUCCAAUGUCUUCUCAGUGGGAUCUAAGUCCACAGGCUACAGUGGUUAGCCUACAGUACCCCUUUCUCUUGAAAGCAGUUGGCAAGCUAUACUGUGUAGAUUGAGAACUACAUUGGAUAGUAGACAGAUGGUCUAGAGAUCAGGGUCUUCCCUAGAGCCUCCAGGAUACCUUGGUAAAGACUGUUAAUUUUUUUUUUUAAUUUGACUUGAACUAGAAAUUUAAAAUGACAGAGACCACUGGUGGACACAAGUUUCCAGAGUCGAGGGGAGGACUGAUGGUUAGGUAGUAGUGACAUGCUCAGAAAUGUGACAUUGCCAUCGAAUACUAACAAAGGGAGAAAGGAAGAUUAUCCCACUCUGAGUGCUAUAAUGUCUGAGAAAGGUCCAUACAGUAUUUCUAAAAUAAAGAUAUCUGGCAUAAUGACAGCUGAGCCCCAGAAGAGGUCUAAUGAUGCCCCAAUAGCUAAGCAGGGAAUUCAACCCAGCUCCCAGCAUGCUCUUCCUCACCUACAGGAUUGCUCCAGAAAUAUAUGACAAUUUGUGCAUUUGGGAAAACUCAUGAACUAAUGCUUUUGAGGUGCUGUGGACUGGAAUGCCCCUAUCAUAGAUUCAUAUGUCUGAUCAGCAUCACUCAAGGGUCCCGAGCAUGAGUGUAUCAAGUAGGGAGAAUGGGGAUGUCUUCCAUUCCCCUCAUGCCUCUGCUUUUGUUGGCUUCCUCCCCCCGUGUAAGUAUUUUUGUCUUCUGACCUGAAAAUUUCUCAGAAAUUAUUCCAUGUGUUAAAAAAAAGGCUUUAUAUUCUCCUGACGUUCAAGGAAUAUAAGAUAGAGCCUGACCUGAGUGGUCAUACUGUCUAGCCCUAAGAGAAGACAUGCAGAGUUGGGAAGCUUAGUAAACAUCACAAGAGAAAACAACACACAGAUGCAAAGCACUGUAUCAUUAAAUGUCAAGUGAGGACAAUCUAUGAUCUUCAAAUGCUAAUUUAUGGAUUUGUGCCUCCUGAUGUCAACAAAUUUCAGCAUGCUGUGAAAUGAAAAAAAAGUGAUUAUUUUUAUAAGACUAAAUUUAUGUAUGUGUGUGUGUGUAUGGGUGCACAUGUGUGUGUGUUUUAAGGAAUUACUAAGAUUAUACACUUUCAACAUUUUAGUGCAAAACUUAUUUUCUCUUUUGAAACAUUAUAGUACAAACAGUGGAGAUUUUCCCCCAAAGCCACUAAAAAGUUGGCAAUAUUAUGAUGCUUGCUCUUGAAUUUGGUUAUCCCUAAAACAGAACUAAAACAAACAAACGAAAUCAAACAAAUAAACCAACAACAAAAAACCUCUCAGGGACACAAUGCCAGGGGUCAAGGGAAGAAUCACUGUCACACAGGGAAAUCUCCAAAGGCAAGGAUGAGAGUGUUGACAAGGGCCUGGAAGAACCUGCAAAACUGGGAUUUGGGGAUCUCUCUCUUAAGGAUACUGUGAGAAGAGCUUUGGGGAUAAGAUAGAGUAGAUGGACGGGAAAAACUUUGAAGGACUAUAAGGAAUCCAUCCACCCAGGCAAUACAGUUGGAUCUCUGACUCCCUUGCUGUAACUAAGUCAUGUCUUACCGUUGCUGCAAUCAAUGCAAUCAAGCAAACACUGUCAUCCAGGUCCAGUCUUGCACAUCAUGGUCCCUUCGUGUCAGUUUAAUCUCCACAUUUGAUGUGCAGUAAUGCACCCCUAAUUCUGAAGUACCCCUCCACACCUUUCUUCCUUAAGUUGCUCUUGACAGGGUUCUUCCAUAGCAAUGAGAAAAGUGACUAAUCCAGAUGAAGAAAUGAAUUUGUCUUUAGGGACACUGAGGCCAGGAAUGAGUAGGAGAGGAGCUCUAGUAGGGGGAAGGAAGAAUGGGGAGUUUGGAGGAGAAGGACCAGGCUUACACAGAGUCACCAAGAACGUCUGAGAGACCAUAUUAGUGCUACAGAUCUGUGAGGGUGAGGUGGAAACGGAAGAGUUCUGUAGCACACGAAGGCUGAAAAUUACUGUAGUGGGACAUGCAAGUGAGCAGAAGGCUGAGGGUUUGGGGGGAGCAAGAGAAGAGAAUCCCGUGACCUAGAGGUCAUACAUUUGCAUAAGGACAGGAUGCCCUUGCUUUCAGGAUAAGGAGGCAUGCCUUGCUAUUGGUGACCAGCACAAGGGUGAAGGAAAGGAACACAUGUUCUUUCAGUCUUUGUAUGAUCUCAGGUAUUCCUGCACUCAGCCAUCUUUGCUUGCUAGCUUUACAUCUUUCCUGGAUGCCUCCUUCUCUUCAGAGAAAUGAAGUCUUUACCAGGGGCUGAGUGGUGCUAAGGAAUGAAGAGGGAAUGGACCAGUGGGUGUUAUCCUUCUGUAGGCCGCCUCACAGGCUCCUGUGAGUAGGGACUAGAUUUGAGCUUACUUAUGUUCCUGGAGUUGGGAGCUCAUGUUUUGCUUAUUCAGUCAGCUUCCCACACUGCCAGGGAGGUGCUAAGCAGCACAAGUUCAUAUUCCCCCCUCUCCCCAUCUCUCUCCCUCUGUCCUUGGUGUUCUCCAACUCCUGCAGGAGCUAAUAUUUACCUGCAGCACUCGCUGUGGGGCUGUGGGAGGUGACAGCUGGAGAAGACUUUCUUCUCCCUUCCUCCUCCACCGGUCUUUCCCUAGUGGGCUAAAAAUGGGGAAACUGUAAUUGUCAUCUUCACAGCUGCCUGGUUGAGACUUUACAAGUUGCUGGGAAGAGGCAAAGGGUCUUGGGAUAGUUUCUCUAUUGGAAGAACAUGUUUUUGUCUGUUUGGACUAUAAUGAUAAUAAGGUACCAGUGGGCGGCUUGUGAAGAAGAGAUAUUUAUUACUUAUAGUCCAGAGGCUAGAAGAAUUACUUAUAGUCCAAACCCUACCUCAGCUGGGGUAAUGACUCAAAAAGCCCGUGUCACUGCAUAACUUACAUACAGACACACCACUGAAGAAUCUCCUAUCCACUAGCACUGUUCACUGUGUGUAUAACCUUGGGGAAGGACUUGCUGAGUCUUGUAUGAUUUGUGUUUAUUUCAUGAGCUUCAUGAUCUCCCAAGCAAUAUGGAGGAAACAGCUAUGCAAAUAAGCCCCACUUCCUAGUGCUGUCCAUAUGGGAGUGGAGGACUUUAACAUAUGGAUUUGUGGAUACAUAGACAUUACAAUACAGAAGAUGAAGUUGAUGAGAAGAAAGCUUAGAGAUAAGGGCAACUUGUGAACCAUACAAGAAGGAAAGAGGCUGUCAUGAAAGCCAUGUUUUUCCUUUCAAAUUGGGUGCCUUUAGUGUUGGGACCUGGAGGGUAUUGGUGGUAGGGUCUGAGGUAUUAGUAUAGCUGGCUUCACUUGAUGCUAGCUAAUGCAGCCAAUGUAUACAAAGGAAGUCUCAGAGGUUUCAUGUUGCUAUGGUACAGUAUUCAAGACUGGACCGGAGUUACUCCCUUCCUGCUGGGAGUAUACAUAGAGCGCUACCUCUGUAAAGUAUUCUGCCUGGGUGCUCACCAAUCCACUCCUCAGAAGCUGAUAGAGAAGAAAAGUGGGCAGAUGACUAGGCCCAGGAAUAGGAGAAAUGUCUGAGAUGAAUAUGGCAUGUGAAUGACAAAGGGAAGAAGAUCUGGCAUUCUGAUGUCCUUGGUAUAUUCCCAUCUAGGGUCAGGAUUGUCCCUCUCUAGGGAAGCUGACAGAAUACAGCAUGCAGGCUAGUACCAGUGAGAGAUGAUGGUAAGAAUCUCAAUACUGGUUCUGGGGAGAUGUCAGCUCCUGUGGUUUCUGGUCCUUCCUCUGAAUCUCUGAGCAAGUACCCAGAGUGGGCAGAGGCCCUCCUCUGCUCACUCCUACAUCUGCCUUCUGGCAACUUUCUGGCCCAUUCCAUUCUUCCUUGAUGUUUCUCUUUCCCUAAUUUGUCCUCCAGUUGCUAUAGUAGUUCUCACAACACACACACACACACACACACACACACACACACACACACACACACACACACACACAUAUGCACACACACACACAUUCCCACCUCCUACAUGUGCUCUCACAAUACACACAACAUACACACCACAGAUACACUACAUACAUACACCACAUACACACCACACAAACAUAUGCCAACCACACCCCCCCACACACACAUCAUGUGCUCUCACAACAUACACACAUCUGUGCACACUCAAGAACACACUCAUUUCUAAGAAACAUGAAGAACCCCGGUGAUCCGUGCAUUCAGCAGCACCUAGCUGGGAUUCUCCAAGCUCUAGACUGCAGACAUUUUGUAUGGGGUCUUGACUUUGUGUGGGGAGUGGUCCUAUUUUCAAUGCCUUGAGUUGCUGUAAAUUGGCCUUUUCACUCUUCAUCUUGGAUUUCCAUUUCAGCCAUUUAUUUAACCCCCUCAUCCACCCAUUUAUUUAACACAUCUAGAAAUAAUUAGCUUUUUACCUUGGAACUUCUGUAUUGACACUGACCCAUGAGGUACUCAGGAUCCCCUUGGGCAAUGUGAAGUUGGAGAGGUUGGCUCUCUGCAUAAGAAUGUUUUGAUCAAUGAGAAGCCUGGUGGUUGAAUUUGAUGGUCUAUAAUGGAUUGGUCUGAGGUGUGGUUAUCUUUUAGCAGUGAUGGGUGGUUCACACACCUUCUCCUUUCUUCCUCCUCUGCCUUCUCUUCUCCUUCACUUCUACUAACAUGUGAUGUCAUGCCUUAAGGAAAACAGGCUAGCCCCAGUCUCUGCUUUUUGGAGAUACCAGGCGAACCCAGAGUGCAGGGACCGGCUGAUGCCAGGCACAUUUAUAUCUUAUUCUGAGAAUUAGGGAACCUUUGGAUCAGGGAAUGCAUGGUCAGUUGUAUUCUUUUACAAGAUGACCAGGAAGUCGGCAGAACAGAUCAAAGAAGAGCAAGUGACCAAUGAUGAGGCUGCCUGUGGUUUAGUCAGGAGGAGAUAUGGUCUCAGUAAGAGCAUUGCCCUGGAGGUCAUGAGCAUGUAUGUCUAUGGCUAGGAUUUUAAGAUAAAGCUGUGUUAGAAGGGUGCUGUUAAGAGGGCCUGGUUGCUCUCAGUGAUGGCUUGCCUCUGCACAGCAGCCUGCUUGAAAUUCACUAUAGUUCAUCAGGAUUUCAAUGAAAACUCCCCACAGUUCCUCCUUGAUGUUGAUCAUGGCAAGGCUCUGUCUUUAGACACACUGCUGGGGACAACUCGAGAACUUUAUGGUGACCCCAGGCUUUGUGUAGACUCAGAGACCUGGUAGAGGAAGAUACCUAGAACCUCACUCUUGCUUAGGACACAGUGGUCUUUGCCUUUAUCUGUUUAGUUCAUUUGUUUUUAGAGUAGUUUUUCAUGCAUGAAAGGAAAUACUACUGACAUGAAUAAAAAGACAUUCAGUUUACUAAGAACAAACCGUACCAUGGGUUCCAAGAGUCCUGAGUUUCCAUUCUAACUUGACCUGUUCCUAAGGCCUUGGUAUAAGUUUCUCAUUUGUAUAAGGGAUGAAUAACACCAACGUAUUGGAGAUUUCCUGAGAAUUCAAUUACUUCAGUGCAGAAAGUGCUGGGUGCUCUUUUACUGCAUCCACAACGUUCAACGGCAAAUGACUGAAGUGUUCUUGAUCUUGAUUCUUGUUUAGCUGUCCUUCUUUUAGGCCUAAGCCUGUGUAUUCUAGAGCCCAUGCCAUUAAAUAACUGCAGAAAACAUUCCUCUGAUGUUGUGAAUGGGACUGGUGCUGUUUGUAUUUUGAUGCUAAUUCUGCUCUUCUGGGCGGGGUUGCAGACAAGGAGGGAGUCAUGUACUCAGGUGACUUCUUGUGAACCAAUCCCCUAAUGAAUAAAGAAGCCAAUCACUGGGCGAGUAGGUGGAACUUCCUGGUUGGACUGAGGAGGAGAAGAAGCAGGAGAGAGUUAGGUCUUUUGGAUGGGGAUAGUGUGAGGACAAUAUGUCGCUACGAGUAUCUCCCAGUUUCCAUGGCGGAUCCAUCUGCAUUCGCCACCGGAGGAUUUAGAUUUAAUAAGGCAUACAAAUUAGGAGUUUAGUUGUUGUGCCCAGCGAUUGUGUUACUGUUGUUUCUGAACUAAGUUUGUGUUGCAUUUUCCUUCACAUGGCGGCUUGUCUGGGUUCAAUAGAGAAAGUUAGGGCAGCAAAACAUGGGUUUGCCUGAUGUGCACCACAAAGGCUGUGAGGGAUAUGAAGCACAGGGCUGGCGCGGUAGCCACCUGCCAGUGGGGACCUAGAGAGCUGGGUGGAGAGGAUUGUGGAGUCUCCACCAAUCAAAGUCUCCACGAGAGAAAAACAGGUCGGCCAGGGCAUGACCAGCCAGGCCGCCAAGGCAGAGAGUUGGCGUUACAAGCGCUGGAAUGUGCCGGUUCAUUUUUUAAUAUUUCCCGCAACACCGUGAAGUCACUCAGGGGUCUGGAAUUGAGAGACUCAGAGCCACACUUACCGAUGCAUCACCACCAUGCUCUCUCUAGGACAUAGUUUGAGAAAGUUUAGUUUAGACUCUUUUACAGAUGGAAGAUUCUAAUACUUCAGGCAACUGUGUCUUCAGACUGCAAUCAAACUCUAGGGCAGUUCCUUUGCAUGCUGACUUCUUCACUUGCUCAACUAAAAGUAACACCAGUUCUUGCAAAGUCACAGUCUCCAACGGUGGCUUAUGUGAACCACUCAUAUGGCCUUAUACACAUCUCAUAUUUAAUUUUGUUUAGAAAGUACAAUUUUUGUUUGUUGUAGACGAUAUAGAAAAGCACAUAGAAGAAAAUGAAAAUUCUCGUAACCCCAUAAAUAAUUAACACUGGGUAAAUAAAUAUUCUUUUAGGUUUCUUGCCCUCUGUGUACACAUAUGCACACUCAAAUUAGCCAACAAAUAGUUUAUUAUCUCAAGUAAGCACUACAAUGUGCACAUCUUGUUAUGUAACUCUCUUCACUGAUUAAUAAUACAUUGUGAAUAGUGAGUGUUCUAUGCCAGUAAGUAUUAUUUGGCCAUGUAAUUUUUCAUAAUUACAAAUUUUAUUAUGUGACUGUUUUAAUUUUUUAACCAAUUCUUCGCUGUCCUUUACUUAGUAUGACAAUAAAAACAAAUCCUUUUUUUUUUAAGAUUCAAAUACCAAUUCAAUGACCAACUUUAUUUGCAAACAAGUCUGAUGAUCUCAUAAGGAGAAAUUCUCAAAAUUGAAAAUUAUGAAGCUCAGGCUGUGUGCAUAUUUAUGGCUCCUGGGGUACACUGACCAAUCAUCAGUACUAAUGUUUGCACUAAUUACAUCUCUACCAGUAAUGGACGAAGUUGUCAUUGCAGCUCUGGGACCUUCAGUUAUUUGCCUCUGAAUUUCUUCUAAGUACUUAUCACAAUUAUAUUUCAAAUAUUUAAUAUGGAAAUUGGCAUCUAUGUAUAUAAUACCAAGAUUAAAUGGACACCAUUUUUCAUGCUUGCUUCAUCUCUUUCCCAGUUUUAGAUGAGUAAAGCUCUAUAAAUGAAUUUCUAUCCCCAUUCCUCACUUCAGAAGUUCUCUGGAAUUGAUAUUUCUUAGUAAGUAAAUUUUAGUAAUUCUGCUACACAUGCAUGCAUUAAUAUAUACAUGAGUAUCUUUGUGAGUUUUAAAUGAAUGAUACAUGGGUUGUGUCUUUUCGCUGUAAAGUGGAAGUUUAUUUCAAAGAUUUACUGGCAUCAUUACAUGCACAUUUAGUUCAUUAUCUUAGUUUCUGCACGGUGCUUCACUGUACUGUACGAAUAAUUGCUGCUCCUAAGUUAGUUCAUUUCCUCCAGUGCUGGCGAUCUUGAUGCCCUUUCUGUUAUUACAGGUAAAGUUAAAGUGAUUGGCCUUGUUUCCAUUUCCUUGGACACACUGAGAAUUCUUUCUCUAUGGGAGAUAGUAAGAGUGGACUUGCUGAGUUCUCGAGUGCACACUUCCAGCUUUGCUGACAGUGCUCUUUCGAGUGAGUGGCUGCUGUUUUAAUCCCACCAUGUGCAGAGCUCCCAUUUCUGUGUAUCGUCAACAAUUGAGAUGCUCGUAAUUAUUAAAAUGUGCCAAGCUGACAAGUGUGAAGUGGAAUCCAAUUAUUACAUUAAUUGAACUUUCUCUGAUUACUGAUAAAAUUAGGCAAUUAAUAGAAGUUAAUUGGCCAGAUGGAUUUCCUCUCAUAUGAAUCUUGGAUUCAUAUUCUUUGCCUAUAUUAUAUGUUUCUAGGUGAUUUGUGUUUUUUAUGAUUUGUAAGGAUUAUGUGUAUUCUAGCUAUGACUUUCAGGCUGUAACUCUUCUCCCCCAUGAACUUGUCCUUCCCACUCUGUUACUGAUGCUUUUUUCAUAGAGUUGUUACCUUCAGUGGAGCAAAAUUUGUCUUCUUUUGCCAUUAUGAGUUUUGUUCAUCGUGCCUCAUUUAAAAAUUCCUUCUACACACGGAUAUAAAAAAGAAGUCAUUUGCAUUUUAAACUAAAAGUUUUUACAGUUUUGUUUCUCACAUUUGCCUCUUCUAUCUGGAAUUAAUUUUUUGUGUACAGUGUGAGAUAGGCUAUGCUUUUGAUUCUUCCAAGCCCACCGCAUGCACAGUCUUUUGACCAACAUUGUAUAGUGAUGAGGUAAUUCCUCCUCCCCCAACCCCUCGUUUCUGGGCAUCUCAUUUAACUGCCAUAGGCCUUUAUAUUCCCAUCCAUUCAUAUCUUACUAAUUUAGUAUUUUAUAAAAAUAUAGAUUUGAUGUUUAGGGUAAAUUCUCUCCACACCCCUGCCAAAUAGUCCUGGUGAUUGGAGUUUUAGUCAUUGCUCAGCCUUUAGAAUCUUGUCACUUUUCACUUUGAUUGGAACUGAGUGGACUUACUGGCUAAGUUGGGGGAGGCCUGUCAUGUCUUGGUGUUUAGGUUCUCUGUCUCUGAGUCUGAUACAGUUCCUCCUAGUCUUAGAUCUUCUGGAAAAUCCCCCCACUUCCCUCACAGAUUUUAUUAGAUUUAUUUUUAGGUGCCAUAUGUCUUUGUAGCUACUGCAUGCCAUUGCUUGUUUGGUUGGGACAGGGUCUUACUAGGUGGCUCUGUCUGUCCUAUGUAGACCAGGUUGUCCUGGAACUCACAGAGAUCCACCUACCUCUGUCUCCCAAGUGUUAAGAUUAAAGGUGUAUGCCACCAGGCCAAGCAAGAAUCUGGAUAACAUCUUUUAAAUAAAUUAAAUAUUUUCUGAAUCUUUGUAGGAGAAUUAUUAGAAUUUGUAUUUUUGUAAAUGGUCUUCAGCAUCCUUCUAGAACUUUCUUAUUUCUUGGAACAACAUUUUAACAACGCGUGUAGACUAUGUGCGCAUGUGUAUGUGUGUAAUGUGUGUGUCUAGUUGGACCCAUGCAUUAUGUGGGGGCCAGAGGAGAACAUCAAGUGUUCAGUUCUAUUAUUUAUUGCCUUAUCCCCUUGAGAAAGAAAGAGUCUCUCACUGAAUAUUGAGUUAGGCUGGCAGCCAGAAACCCCGAGUAAUCUUCCUGUCUCCACUUUCCGCAACACUGGAGUCAUGGACAUGUGUAACUAACCAUAUCUGGCUUUUUAUGUAGGUUCUGGGGAUUUGAGCUCAUUUCCUAACACAGUAAGCGAGUUUAACCAUUGACCUCUCUCAGUUCCAAUAAAAUGUAGAGCUCUGGUGGCUAUCUCGGUCUGAGCUUGAAAGAUACGUUUUGAUUUUAAGUCUCUGCCCCUUCUCAUAAUAUAUCAUCUCUGACUAUUGUGUCAUUGUUGUCUGGUAUUAACACUCCAUUUUGUGUGUGUAUUCAUAGUUUAUAUAUUGAUAUAGAUAUAUUUAGAAUUGUUUUGGUAUUCACCAAUAGCUUACUUCAUCAAGACAUUUUUCUUGGAUGUCAUUCUUAUUUUACAUUUAUAUUUUCUUCUUGAGGCAUAUUUGAUAUUACAUUCUUGAUUUGACCAAAAUGAUAAUCUCAUUAUCUUUUUCAGUAAAGUAUUUAUUUCAACACAAAUUUUAAGUAACAGUUUAAGUGAGCAUUUUCAAUACUUGAGUAUAUUAUUCUGUUACGCUUUGGCCUCUUUUGCUACAGUUGAUCAUUUAGUUGCCUGUAGGUAUUCUGUUUUCUCUUGGGAGGUUUUAAAGAUUUUUUUCCCCCCUUAUACUUUUUUUUCAUAGUUUCCUUGAUUCGUUAUAGAUUGGAUUUAUUUCUAUUCUUUCUGCUUAGAACUCACUGAAAUUAUUGACUCCAAUAAUCUGUAUCUUUUAUUACUGUUGGAAAGUUUAUCUUGUUCUCCCCAAAUUUUAGCUCCACUCCCCUGCAAAUCCCAUCAGAUUUUUUGAGUAAUUUCCUGUUGUCUUUCAUUCUUUGUAACAUUAGCCAUGAACCUUUUUUUUUUAAGUCUCUUUGGGAUAUAUAAUAGGGGAGUUUCCUUAUUUCUCUUUCAUUUUGAGGUAUGGAGUCCUCAGCAGGGCUAUGAAUCUGAGAUUAAGAAGCACAACUCUGAGUUCACUCCAAUCUCCAAAGGCUGUGACUUCCAAUGUAUGAGGGAGGAAAUACACAAAGUGAGGUCCAUUGGAACUUACCGCAUCUCUUGGUUAUGGUGACUGGUUCGGAUGCCAAUCCUGAGGUCGUGAGACAUUCACUUGAUUUCACUAGUGGUCUUAACCAAGGGCGAUUUUACUCCUUUCACAGUAUAUUUUUAAAUGUCACAAUUGAGGAGUAUGUCAGCUUGUCCCUAGUGACUAGAAGUCAGGCAUACUGUUCAGCAUUAUACAACACAGGACAUCUAUUUGACAAAGAAUGAUCAGAAAUGUGGAGAACGAUGUUGGAGGAAGGCUGCUGUAUAUGUCUUGCUCAUCCCUACAGUGGAGAGAUUAUAAGAGGAGACUGAUAUGUAUGGCAAUAUUAGACAAAUUUUAUACUCAGAGUACCUUUGUAUCUAACACAGACCAUUUUUAGCCACAGCAUUCAUCUCUCUCUCUGGAUAUAUAUGCCCACAUAUAUCUUUAUAUAUACAUGAAUAUAUGCCAUAUAUAUCUUUAUAUAUGAAUAUGUAUUUCCAUGUAUCUAUAUGAAUAUAAUGGAAUUAAUUGAGAUCAUCCCUAUCUUCACUCAAAAAGUCAAAUCUUAAGAUACUGUGUUCCCUGCACAUUCGUGGUGACCCUGGUAUCUGCCUCCCUGCAGUGGAUUGUUUGUCUUGCCAUGUUAUAUUUACAAAUUGUACUUGUACUUGUGAAGUGAGCCUCGCGGGCAAUCUUCCUUGGGCUGAACAGAUUAUCUCCAGAUCAGGUUUAUCAUGUCCAGCUUCUUUCUCAGCACCUUCCAAACGCAGCACAGAUCCCAUUAAGUCCGUGUUCUGCUUGUGUGCUCUUGGCUUUGUUCAUUGUUGCCAUUCAUUUAUUAUGUACUUGUGUAUAUAUAUUUAGUAAACAUGCAAGGAUACACAACAUGUGAGGCAGUGCAUUAGAUGCCAUGGAGAAUGCAAAGAUGAACCUGCGAAACAUAGGAGAAGAUAAAUGCACAUCACAGUGUUGGCGGCAGGGUAACACGAAGUGCCAGAGGUACUUAGAGGAGUGGGAAGUCACGUUUGUCAUCUGAGCACAGAAUGGGUGAUAGGAAUAUUAUCUGGACUGGAAUUUUAAGCCUAACUAGCCCUUCCACUGGAGGCAAUGAGAAUAGGUGGAAAAAAGGGAAGAGAAAAAUGAGAAAUGACCUUCAACAGGAAAACUUGGCACAUUUGGGGGAUGCUGGCAGCACUUCACUGAAGUGCUAAUACGAGAUAUUGCUCUGAGUAUAAUGGGACAGUAAUAAAAGCUUGGACUCAGGGAUACUCAUGUUUGGAUUAAUCUUAAAUUCAUAGUGAUUUUGUUGCCACAUAUGAUGGGUACUAGAUAAUUCCUUCCCUCCCUCCCUCCCUCCCUCCCUCCCUCCCUCCCUCCCUCCCUCCCUCCCUCCCCCCCUCCCUCCCUCCCUCCCUCCCUCUCUCCCUCCCUUCCUUCCUUUAAAAAAACAAAUGUGUUUAGCAAUUCUUUUUCCAAAUACUAUUCUAGAUGCUGGGGUAGAACACUGAAGAAUGCUUGUACUUUAUUGCUCUGAGGGUAGGAAUGGCUCAGAGCUGAGCUAAGCACUGAAUUUUCAUAGAACCCAGAAGAGGAAGAUAGAUGGAAUGGGAGCCUAUUUCCAUCUACUGAGCAGAGCCUGACCUUCUGACCACAGAGGUGAUACUAGUGCAAAUGGAAAGGAAGGGAGACGGUGGGCAUGGCACAGAGGAAAAAUGGAGCAGUAGGCAAUGAUUGGUGUGAGGUGGAAUCAGAUAUGCAAAGUGUUGUGCCCCAGUGUGGGGGAGAUGGCUGAGCUAGCUACACACAGACUCACAGGGCCUCGACAGAGCUGGUUGUAAGGGAAAGCUGAUGAACUGCUUUUAAACCAGUUGAUUCAUGAUGCUGUCAACUCAUCCAGGUGGGGGAGCCCAUCUGAGCAAUCACAAAUGGUUCCAGACUUCAAAAAAGGACAGGGCUACGGAUAAAAUGUUGGGCGCUGUUCAGAUAGCUUUAGUGGAAGCCAUUAGGAUGGAUGAGAGCAUCAAGGGUAUAUACACAGUGAGCAGGGAAGGCAACAGGACCUAGGAGAUGGAAGCAGGAGAGGUGGGGAUGAUCGGGCAACUAGAGAGGUAGAAGGAGAGCCUGAGUUUGGAAAUGCUUCCCAAAGGGGGCAGGGAAGUAAGGGGAGGUAACCCUACCCCAGGCCUGGAUGUAUAGGGGUGUGUGCAUGUUUUAAUAGUUUUGAGGGAGACAUACUUUAGUAGUUUUAAAAGUCUCUCAGAUGUAUUUAGUGUGUUAAGUCCACUUGGUCGAUCUGUUUCUCACCCCUUAAUGCCUUGGGGUGGGAUGGGGUGGGGUGAGAAGGCAAAGGGGAUUUCUUGUGGGACGUCCUUUAUCAUGCUAAUGUUUGGCUCAGCAAGAAGGUUGCUUGAUGUAUUUUGUAAUAAGUUCCUGGAGCACUGUGGCCAUGACAGGGCUUAGAGGAUAGCUGAUUUUGUCUGUGCCAACCUGUUUUCCAUAGCCUUGCUGGUUGAAUGGUUAUAUGAAGAUAUACAGUUCAUGCAAAGCUAGUUUCCAGGUAAGGGGACUUUUUAACCUUUCUUCUUUUGUCCACGGAUUGAGGAGGGCUCAGUGUCCACUGGUUGGUCCUCAUUGACUCCUGAGUAGUUGCAAGCUUUUCUUCCUCAAAUGCUUGAAGCCAUUCUCAUCUGGCUACAGGUUCCAGGCCAUACUGUGCCUUCAGCUUGUCUCUGAUCAGAGGGCUGCCUCAGAUCUUCAGACUUGGCAGCAAGUGCCUUUACCCACUGAACCAUCUCAUCAGCCCAGGCUCCGUUUCUUAAUACCGUUGCAGAGAUGAAUAAGUUUCAGCCUAAAAUUUGGAGGGGAUGCAGACAUUCAGGUAUAGUAGCCUGAAACCUCUGGCAUGUGGUAGGUUCAGACAUCCAUUCUAACUCUGUGCUACGUGACUUUAUAGACUUGACUUUAUUGAUCCUGAUUUGUCUUGUACAAGAUAUGGUUUAUAGUGCAGAGACCCUUUGUAUAGCUCAAGCCAGGUGAUGGAUAUACAGAGCUUCUGUCUUUCACAAAUAUUAGUUAUUAACAGUUGCUGACUUAAAAUGGCAAAACAUUUUCUACUCAAUCCUCUUCUUGUUGAGAGGAACUUUCUUCCCCUUUCCUGACUAUUUUUUCUCUAAGGAAAGAACUUAAAAGCCCAGUUAUGGUAGCUCAUGUCUGUAAUUCCAGCACCUGAGAGGUGGAGGCAGGAGGUUUACUAUGAGUUUCAGGUUAGCCUAGAUCACAGUGAGAGCCUGUCUCCAAAACUAAACCAAACAGAAGAUAGCUAAUUUGAAGAAAAUUGUGACAGAACCCAUUGUAUCACCUACCUUGUUCCCUGAACAAAUAAAAGAUCCUGAGAGCCUUACUGUGAGUAUAAUUCUCCAUUUGGGAGCAUGGAGUUGUCUUUUGACUUUGUCUGUAAUGCCUGGUGUGUGUCCCUGCAAAUACAUCACUAGUUUCUCUUGCAGUGAUAUGACCCUUGAGUUGACUAAGUGUCUUUAUAACUAUUGUAACAAGGUUGACAUCAUCCUGUGAGAAGGGUCUUUUACCCCUACACAGCUGGUACUGUCUUCACCUUGUGUGUGUGUGUUUGAAGGAUUGCUUCUUUUCUUUUAACACAAAAAGCUAAAGUUUCAAAGCAGGUGGGGUGUGGGUUAAACACUGUUCUAAAUGGCAGGCCUGCUGUUUGUGGGGAGGGAGAGUGGCCUGAAAGUUUAAAAAUAACCUGAACAUUAUAGACUCCUGUGAAUUCUACAGCCCAGAGCACUGUGAGUCUGUGGGUGUUUUACCUGCUGGAGCGCAGGCAGGAAAACAAGUUGAGAGGCAGGAGGAUUUAAAUUUGCUGAAUACUUUCAUGGCUUGCGUUGGCAGUAGAAGUGCUCAUGAAAAAGUUGAAGCCACUCUUAGUGUUCAGGAUCGAUAUUCCUAGUGUCGUCUCUGGAUUCUCUGACUACACCAUUCUGGGUCACAUUGGGGUGAAACAGAUCCUUGCUUCCUGCUUUGAGUGAGCACUGUCCCUUUCUCCUCCCUGACUUUCACUUCUUCACUGAUCCCCACAGGAAUUUGGCCAGUAGUUUUUUCCAAAAGGAUUAUGGGAUUGACCCACAGAAAGUUCAAGGGUUAGUGCAUUUCAGAUAAAUUUGGCCAUUCAUUGACAAACAGAUGGAUUAAGUGCAAAACUGUACUUGUCAGGAGUCAUUUUGGGGAGCAGCAUGACUCUUGGGGCUUGAAGAGUUUCGAGGAGUUGAAACAGGUUUUGAACUAGGACGCAUGUUGGCAGGACAGAUGAUGGUCUGAGAGACUAAAGUGCGAGACGAUAAAUGAAGUUGACAAUGAACCAGAAUGCACCUUGAGGGUUGGUUGCCACAUUUGGCUCUUCUGGUAGUCCCUGAGAUGCAAUGCUAUUUUGCACAAGUGUUUAUAAACAGAAGCAGGGCUGAGGUAUAUGUCUCCUAGCAGUGUUGUGUGCUGCAAUGCCUGGGUUCUGAGCACUGUCAGCACCACCUAGAGAGUCUGGAUUCUACCCUUGGGAUUGUAGAAUUAUGAUGAAAUAGAGCAACUCACUCGAGUCUCUGUUGAUGUCAGUUAGAGGCCAUACAGGGGCUAAGAUAAUGGGUAUGAGAGUUAGGUAAUCCUAGGUUGUCUUUCUAUGCCACUUAACCACCUAUCAGAAAAUUGUUUGAUCUUUUUUUGGUCUUACUUUUCAUAUCUAUAAAAGGGAGAUCAUAAUAGUACCUAUGCCAUGAGAUUAUUUUGAGAAAUAAAAAAAGUUAGGAAUAGUGCCUUUGACUUAAUAGCUUUUAAAAUUUAUUAUAAUUACUCUAAGCCUGUAUAUUUUAAUUAUUUAUUGCUUUAAAAUUAUAUGCAUGUUAAUUAUGUAAAUGAUAUGUUACAUUAUAUUUUCUUUCUGUUUUUUAAGUUAGUCACACACAUGUGAGUGUGUGCCCAUGUGUGUGUGUGUGUCUGAGUCAGUGUGUGAGUGUGUCUGUGUGUGUGUGUAGAGGCCAGAGGAUAACUUUCAGGAGUCAGUUCUCUAUUUUUACCACGUGGAUCUCAGGUAUCAAACUCACCUGCAUCACCAGGCUUGGAGGUGCCCCUACCUGCUAAACUGUCUCAUUGGCUCUUGAUUGUUUUGUAAAGAUGCAGUCUCACUAUGCAGCCAUAGUUGGCCUUGAACUUGAAAUAUUUCUGCCCCAGCCUUCUAAGUGCUGAGAUUACAGGCUUGUGCUGUAACACCCAGUGUUCACUCUGAUAGUUCACACAUUAACUUUUGUUUCUUUGACGGGUGCUUAUUUUUUUCUGAUUUUUUUUAAUAGCUCUGAAUUUGCCAUAUGAAGUUGUGUUUUGUUGGGGAAUAAAAGAAAAUAGCAUAUGUGGAAAUUUGGGAUUAUUGUUUUAAUUAUUGACUAUGUACACAUUUCGAAUAAUGUGACUAAGGACAAAGUGGUUGUGUUAAGAAACAACAAAGUAUCUUAGAGUAUGGCAUUGUGAGUGUGUCUAUGUGUAUGUUCCAGGAAUUGACUUGCCAAGGGUCUUAGAACAGAAUAAAUAUUUGAGAAAUUCUUGUUUGAUUGGAAAUUAUUUUUCCACAGUUCCCUGUUUAAUUAAUUAAUUAAUUAAUUAAUUAACUUUUUUGCAGUACUAGGGACUGAAUCAAGGGUCUCCCACAUGCUAGCCAAGUGCUCUCCCACUCAACCACACUCCCAGGCUUCCUUCUUACUUAGUCCUUUGACUAUCUUAAGAAGCUUGUCGUUCUUCACAUUUACAAGUGCUGAACUAAGCCUGUCUGAAUGCUCUCAACGGCAUAAAAGAAUUACUUGCAUGUCUGUACACCUGAGUGGCAGAUCGAAUCAGAGCUGAAUCUAGGGUGAGGUGUGUGUGUGUGUGUGCAUGUUCAUGUUUGUGUGUGAUUUUUGUUGUUGUUUGCUUGAUUUUUAUAUCUAGGGAUUGGAAUGUCUUUGUUUGUUUGUUUGUUUUUCCAGACAGGGUUUCUGUGUAGCCCUGGCUGUCCUGGAAUUCACUUUGUAGACCAGGCUGGCCUCGAACUCAGAAAUCUGCCUGCCUCUGCCUCCCAAGUGCUGGGAUUAAAGGCAUGCGCCACCACUGCCCAGCGCCCAGUGGGAUAUCUUUUUCCAGUGUAAUUCUUUAUUCAGGAAAGAGACAUGAUAAUGACGUUUGUUUGUUUGUUUGUUUUUUGGCUAACUUUUAUUCUGUGUUUCGUGUUUUCUGAAACUUUUCUUGAUGUGGAGGGUGGGGAAUCUCAAUAUCUUCCUUUCACAACCCACUUGGCAAUAUUAUUCAGCCCUGCGUUUGAAGGCUGGAGGUAGUCUUCGGAACUUUCUAAUUUGAUGAUUCGUUUUCUUUUCUUUCUUUCUUUCUUUUUUUUUUUUUAAAGCUGAGGUUGAAGUGGUAAUAAGAUUCUGUGGGUCAGGAUCAGUUGACUUCCUUCAGGAAAGGUGAGCACCCCUUCGUAAUAUAAAGGAGGAGGUGAUCACUAUACUCGAAGGAGCAGCUGGAAACAUCUGGCCAUAAAGCAAAGAGACCCAAAGCCAGAUCCAGAAUAUGCAAGAAGGGCAGCUCUCCAGACAGGGCAGAUACCUAACUACCUAACUGGUAAAUAAGCAGGCAUCCGUUUUCUUUUCUUUCCGUUUCUUUCCUUUUCUUUCUUUCUUUUUAAUCAAAAGGAGUUGCAAAAACAUCUGUUCAUCCAUUUGACUAGGUACUUUGUAAAGGCUUGCCAUGAAGCUAAUAAAAUGCAAUUAUCCUACGUAAUAAGAUGAAGGAGAUGAAGUUCCGUGCAUGAGCAGGAGAGGGGGGCAUGGAGUUGGAAGGACUGUGAAAGACACGGGCAGGUGAAACUCAACUGACCAGUGGCUGGAGCUGGAGAAGCGAAAAGCGGGAGUUCUAGAUCAGUCUCAACAGGUGCUAAAUGAUCUCAGGCAAUGGUGGGUGCCACGUUUGCGGCGCAACUGUGAUUUGGGUGGAGCACGACACACUUGGCACAUGCGUGGGAAAGAUCUGGAAGAUCCAACUUGUCCAGAUUUUCUUGAAAUGGUGGGCUAAGGAGUUUGGUCAUUUUAUAAGCAAUAGGAAGUCACUCAAUUUAAAUGAUUGGCUGGGGCAACCGCAUCCCAGGGAUAAAAAUUAUAAUCGUAGGAAGGAGAACUUGGCUUGAAUUUACACCGAGCUUGGAAUGAUUAGAAGACAUGUGUUACUUCACUGGAGGUGAGGUGAAAGAUGAGAGCUAAGGGGGUAGACGUGAGAGCACAUGGCAAGGAUGAGAGCCCAAAGGGAAGAACAGCAGAGAGGGAAGAGGAAGGGGCGGAGGAGACCCCGAGCGUCCUGCACAGCAAGGUGAGAGCAAUAAAAAGCCAGAGAUGGGAAGAGUGAGAAACUGGGAGAUUUGGUAACUGGGAUAUGAAGAUGAGGGGUGGUUCUCUGGGAAGAAAAGGAAGCCAGUUGUACCAAAUGAUACCGAUGGGCGAGGGAAAAGCAGACGUCAACACAACAUCCCAGGUCAUUGGAGAGCUGUAGCGCAGUUUCUGCUGAGUGGAAGAGGCAGUGCCAGCAAAUGUCCUUCACAGGUGUACAUUUCAAAACUGCCCUCGAGUCCGUAUCAUGUGGAGAUGCCUUAUUCACUCCGAUUAUUUUAUACCGAGUGGGUGCAACCAGCCGCUCAGUGUAGGAGAGGCUGGGGGAGAGAGGGUGCAGUGAUGGACAGCUGGUGACUUAAUCUGCUGUUGGUUCCCACCCAGAGGGCACCAAGAGAGGCACGAUGGGUAAACAGUCUUUUGGUCUCAGGCUCCUCCUAAGGCUCGGCUUCAGCUGUAAGCUGCUUUCUCUGCUCUGGGAGCAUAACCUUCAAGAGAAUCCUUCAGAAAGGGGAGCUAGCUAGACAGGCGUGGCAGUUGCAGCGUCCACACUGAACCCUUCCCUUCCUAGGCACCCCCUUACUUGUUCUGGCAUCUAACACAGUACCAGGUACACAGACUGCACUCAUUAUAUAUUUGUAGAAUGGAUGAAUCAAUCUAAGCCCAAGUAGGCUGAGUGAGCUUUGCAGAAUGUGGGCUCCAUUGAUGUGUUUCCUGAAACAAGAGGCCAAGAGGGUGGGGUGAGGGGGGCGGGCUGCUUCGGUUAGUGGUUCCUACUCUCUGAUCACCCUCAGUAGCAGGCACAGGAGCUCUGCUGAGUCUCUCUCACUUACCUUGACCUUGGCAGAGCAGCACAAGUGGUCCUCUAGGUGAGGAGGCGAGGAGGGCAGAGAUGGGGCCAAGAUCCAGUCUUUCCAGUCAAAGGCUCUAAAUCGCUGCCGUUGACUUUCCAAAUGGCAGUUAACAUCUAGUAGGUCAACAUAUUUGCUUGUUCAUUCAGGCUGAACAGUGAUCUCAUUUGAUGCCAAAAAAAAAAAAAAAGGAUUAAAGAAGUGAGGCUACAUCUCUGUGAUUCCAGACACGGGGCAUGCAAAUAGAAAUGCAGGUGGCAUAGUCGACCCCAUGUAUCUUGUAUGUAGUUUCCAGCCGGAGCUCUCAUAUGGUGGGUUGUCCUCCCAGGCUACAAUACUGGGGCAUCAUGGACUGAUUGCUUUCACUGGUUGCCUCCAUUUGAAAGGACUGUCUUCUUCUUAGUCUCUUUCUGUGCACUCCAUGUCCUAUUUCUAGGAGAGAGCCUUUCAGGAAACGGUCUCCACUGUUUAUCCUUUAAACUCUAUGUUCUUAGAGUUCUUAGACCAUUUCUAGUUUAUCUUUGAGCUCCAGAAGUCCAAGAGAAAUGUCCAGCACAUGAAAAGGGCUUUAUGAAUAUGUGCCAAGUGGUUUAUGAAUUCAUGAAUCAGUAAACAUCCAGCCCUCUCAAGUAGCAUGGGCCUUUGGAUUUCUGAUACUGCCCCAGUCUUGCCCUUUUCUUUUCUCUUUCUGCUGGGUAUUGAACCAAGGGCUGUGUACAUGCUGGAUAAGCACUCUGCCACUGGGCCACAUCCCCAUCCUUGAGUUUGGGAGAUAGGGCUCACUGUGUAUCCCAGACUGAUCUCAAAGUGGGAAUCUGAUUGCCUCCCUUUUCCCGAGUGCUGGAAUUACAGGUAUAUAACACCACACCUAGCUUUAUUCCUUUUUUGACCAUAUCUUAGGCACUUAUAUGUUUCUACUCCCCAAUCUACCCCCAGCCCUCAAACCAAAGCCAUUCAAUGACUGUAUUCUGUCCUUUCUGAAACAGAAAGCUACCCAUUAGUCACAAGGUGCCUGUUGUGUGUUAUCCCACUUUCAGUGACAUAGACAAGACAUGGGAAAGACACUUACACAGCACUUACUGUGUGAUAGGUGCCACUCCAAGAGCUAUAUACAGAUCAACGAACACUCUUUCAUAACAGUCUAUUGGUAUGGUGUAUUCUUAUUUAAUCCCCUGGGAGACUCUUAACUUAACUUCAUGCCUUUCUUCUGCAAUACUAACCUCAUGUCUGUGACCUAACUCUUAAGCAAGGAAGACAUUGUUUGACAUACAUCACCUUAACAGCAGCCACUGCAAUAAGGAAUCUGAGGCUUAUUAUUAUCAGGAGAGCUGACUGCUGUUUCCCAGCUCUCUGUCACUGGAAAAGUCCCUUACUUUCUGGGCCUCAGAUAACAAAUAGAAUAUGUCUCACAUCUCUGCAGCAAAGAAGCAGUAAGAUGUCCUUAGUGCUGUUAUUACUGAAGAGGUGUUGAGUUACCAUUAAGUGAUAGGUUCAAAAAUUCCUUUGGGCAAGUUCCAGCUGUUUGAUCAACUGAUAGGUACUGGUAUUCUGUGGUUCCUUAAACCCAGGUCUGCGAGAUGCUCGUUCCAGGGCUGGACAUUGUUAUAUAAGGAUGUGAAAUUCCAUUUUCCGCCAGAGUCAAGGCUGUGCGGUGCUGUGAAUGCCAGCAGCCUCCCGAGAUGUCUGCAUUUCCAUCCUGCUCUUCUGCUCCGCUGUGCAUUUGCACAAGGUUUCCUGCCAACUUUGUCUUAGGAACCCACUCCCAAGCCCUCUCUGCAUUAUGUUCCUUAGAGCACUGUUUUGCAUAAGAGUCUAUUUCUUGGAAAAGCUCAAUAAGGAGAAAAUAGAACAAAGGGGCCUCUGAUAGUUUAAGCACAAGCCACCCGAGUGUAAUUGGCAAGGCAGAGUGAUCAGGAUUGGUGGGAGGGGAACAUGUCUUCAGCCAAGGCCCAGAUUUUCAGAUUCCUCAAUGAGUGGCUAAAAUCUUAUAUGAAGAGGGCCCAAAGCCUGUGAGGUCUGGAAAGAUCUUUGUGAAUGAAUGGGGUAGAUUCUCAACUCACCACUCUGUAUGCCUUGGCAUGUGCUCCACGGCCUGCCUGGUCUGGGGAUACUGAAAUGGCUUUGCCUCCCUUCUCUUACAUACGAGGCUGAAAAUACUCCUGUCAGUCUUCCUCGAUCUUGUCUGACAGUUGAAUUGUUCACAGGAGUAUCAGGGAUACAGGAAAAAGGAUUCUGAAAUGUAAUAAUCUGUAUAUGUUCAAUAAUCUGGGAAAGUUUUUCAGUGGCUUCCUCUGCUCCUAUUGAAUUCUGAGUCUGCAGAUCACAGCUUGCAGGGAAACAUGCAGAACAUUUGGCUGCUACAUCCUGAGCAUCCCUCACCCCCGAUCUCUCUCUCUCUCUCUCUCUCUCCUCCUCACCCCUCUGCUCCUCCCUCCCGUGUGUGUGUGUGUGUGUGUGUGUGUGUGUGUGUGUGUGUGUUGGUAACCUUGUGCCCAAUAAGGGGGUAUGAACUUCUUGGGAGCUGUGAGAGGAAUUGCUGGUAGUGUGAAAUGGAGGGUGUAGAUCUCGACAAAGUUCCACUGAGAGUGGCAUAGAGCUGGUGACUGAUUUAGGACUUCUGAGCUCUCAAGGUUGGUUCCUGAGGUACUGUAUUGCUAAGUACUUGUACUCAGAGUGCUGUCUCAGGAGUGACCAGUAGAUGGUGCUCUGGCAACAGGGAAAUAAGACUUCUGGCUCCCUGAGGCUGAGAAAAGGGUUUUCCAAGGGUUUUAAAACUGGUUUCCAGAGUUCUGAUCAGUUGCUGCUUCUCCACACUUCCAUUUGUGGUCUUUAAGAGAACAGUAAAACCAGGGGGAAACAUACUUACCAGAUUUCCAUACAAGGAUCAUGAUGGCAAUGUUCUGGCCACUCCUGAUAGUUCCCUUUAGUGUGGUUCCUGGAAUAUUUAGGCACCGGUCAGAAUUCAUCUUGAGAGUAGGAGGCAGGGCAUCCACAGGCUUAGCAUCAUUGUGUCUCCACUUGAUGAUAUACACGUUGCAAUUAUGUAGCAUGGCUAUUAGAAACUGAAAAUCAGAUCCAUUAGAUGUUUACACUCUGCCUUUUAUCAGAUCGGAACCAACACCUCAUGACUCCGAAGCUCUGCUGUUCUGUGGUCUGAAUCAGCACCUUAAUUCACGCUCCUCUGGGCUGUGAGGGCUAUAGUAGUGCCCUGCUGUAGGGCUUAUGUACACUGGUAGCUAUAACAAUCGCUGGUGCAAUUUAAUCUUUAAAACGGUAUCCACCUGACAAGUUGCAAAGUGAAGAGAAGGAAGCCAGUAUAGAGACCCAGAGGUCUUAAAGCUCUCAAAGCUGUGACAUUCAGGUUGAAGGGGAAAAGAGAAGAACACGCCUCAGCUUUGCUGCCCUUAAACCAAGCCCCCUUCUAAACCUACUGAUGCCAUAAUAUUUUCCCUGGCCCUCUGGGACUGCUUCUCCAAGAAUCCUAAUGAACUCUACCACAGAGCCAUUCCUGCUCCCGAGUAAACUCUGCCUAGAUGUUGGUAAAGCCUGCUCCGUGGGAAUGCAGGAAGGCUAGGCUCAGCCCCAUGAGGUCCCAGUGUGGCCAGUGUAUUGUCUUGCAUAUUCUAGGCUUCUAAAGAAUUCAGCAGUCACAGGACUCACAGAGUAUGGAAGAAAGAGGAACCCGAAUCAGUACUAGAUUUUGGCUUACUGGGUAAAGAGACAAGGCAGGAGUCCUUAGUCUUUCUCGGAAGUACUUGUGGAAGGUAAAAGGCUAGUGUGCCCUGUUUAGCAAACAGACACAGAGGCAUGAUGAGGAAGGUGUUAUGUCUCAUCCUUGAAGUGAGCUUUAGAGCAGAGCUUGCUAGGCUAUACAAUCUCGUGGAAGUUAUGAAAGACACAUCAUUUAUGUCAUCAUCCAUAUGGCUCAUUAUUUAAUCCCCAAUGUCUAAAAUAGUGUCUGUUGUGGGGAAUGUACGCAAAUAUAUUUGCUAAAUGAAUGGUUUGUAUGGCUCCUCUGCUAUGGAAGAUCAGAUUUUUUUUAGUCCCGUGAAGUUUACAGAGCUCUGAGAUAGCCACUCUGUCUAGGUGACCAUCUAGUGAGACUUCACAGCCACCUUCCUUUACUCUGUCUCCUAAUAAGCUCCUCGGCAAAGUGAGAUCACAAUAACAGGUGGCACUGGCACACUUCCAGCCGAGAUUUGAUCUGAAAUGAUCUCCGAUGAAUCCCAGGGUCAACACUCGCUUCCUGAGGGCAGGGGUGAUUGCAAGGCAUCCCUGUGUUGAGGCCAUUUCUUUGCAUUUCUUGUACACAGACCCUUUUCUGUCACACACACCUACACACUCAACAUUCUCAUACAACAGACAUGUAUCAGUGCACACACAUAGACACUCACAGACACAUACAAGUAGGAAUACACGUGCCCAACACCCAGACACCACUUUAUCUCUUAAUCAGUUAAUUUCACACACUGCCUUUCAGGCCUGCCGAGGUGGCGCUGCCCUCAUGGUGACUUCCAACACUGGGGCUUUGGUUUGCCUUUGCUUACGUCUUCAGCCAGCCCUUGCCCUCAGCGCUUCCUUCGCUUCCGUAGAAAGGUUAUGGAUACAACUAUGUGUUGAAGCCAAGGGUGAACAUAAGUCAAGGAAAGUAUGUUCCAGACAGUGCAGAUGAUGGGAGGGGACAGGGAUAGACUGUCCACGGAGUCUCCUGUAGGCAAGGACUAGAUUGUUAAACACAGAGCUUCUUUCUCUGGACUACAUGUCCUCCCUCUGCAGCUCAGACACUUUUUUUUUUAAAAUGACAUAGGUUUGAGAAGAUCAAUGGACCUUGGUUGAAAGUAAAAGGUGGUGGUGGGUGGGAAACCCCCUUUGUUAGGAUUUUGAGGGCACUUUGCUUAGGCUCUCUGUCUGGGGAUUGGAAUAUCUGGGCCACCUGCCAGGAGGAAAGUGGAACCCAAUCUAGAAGGCUGCUUUGUAAGGUCCCUUAGGGUCCAUAGGACAGAAGGUCCCAGAGAAGCAGAGGUACUUCUCUAUGAGGUCUGUUAAGUGUUGGUUUAGGAAGAGGGCACUCUCUUUGCCCUGGGGAUCCCUGUUGAUGGUAGUGGAACCUAGGAGAUCCAAAGCAGAGGCUACAAGAUCCUAGGGUGGGGUGCACAAGUCCCUACUCUCCACUAGAGCAGUGGCGAGCAGAACCCUAUGCAGAGUAUGGAAAGAGGCACAGCCCUGAGUACCCUUCCUAGGACCAAAGAGAGUGUUCCUGGACAGGUCUUUGAUCUGUUGCAGAGAGUCUGCAGGCAUCACCAGCUUCAGUGGGCCUCUCUUUUCCAUCUCCUGAGGGAACCGCGACUCUUCCUUGGACCCUUGCCUAGGUAGCCUUCAGUCAAACGAAUUCACAAGCCAAACCAGCCUCACCACGCUGGACUCUGAGAGCCCCGCCCCCGCGUCUCUCUCGGAUCCUUGGCCACCUUGCUGCGCUGCUGCGCUGUGCUCCUCAACCUGCCCUUAAGCAUCGUCUCUGCUCUCUGUAGCCAGGAAGGCCGGGAGGAGAAAGAGCUGGUCUUUGGUGAGGAAGUUCGGUAUGUGGAUUAAGUCCUAUGCCCUGCCAUCACUAGCUAGGCUGACUGCAACCUGUUCCUCACUGCGACCGCCCGCCCGCUCGCUCGCUCGCUCUCCCACCCUCUUCCCGGCGCAGCCGCGGAUCGCUGUUGCAUGCUGAUCCUGGGAGGCGGCGGCGGCGGCGGCAGCGGCGAGCGCUCUGGGCGGAUGCUGGCACUUGGGCUUCGCUGCUCUCUGGUUGCUGCUCAACUUCUACCCCAAAAGCAGGAGCUGUGAAGUCAUUUGCCCCUCUCCGGCUGGUUCGACUUCUCAUCUUCAUUUUUCGGGCGAUGCGGUUUACGCAGGAACCUUAGUACCGCUCUCCCCCCCACCUCCAUCUCCCUCUCUCCAACCUUUGGAUGCAUCUCCGCUGGCAGAUUUAAAGAGCCAAGUCUUGGCUGUGGAAUUUCUUAGAUGGACUUGCAGGGGCUGGCGUUCUAAAGCAUGUCACCGUAGCUGGCCCUUGUCUUUUUUUCUUUUCAUUUUUUUCAAAGUUCUUUUGUUUUCAUUUCCUUCUUCCUCUCUACCCCUCACCCCGACCAAUAAAUCAGCAAACUGUUACCUAGCGGACCAGUGCCUGCCUUUCUCUCAGCCAGGUGGUACGUGUGCCAGAAGAGGAGCUAUGUUUGAGGACCGACCUUCUCCACCCCUCUCCGGUCCCUGAACACCACCCCACGCUGGCAUUUUGGGGGAAAAUAUUCCCUCUAGAAGCCCUACCCCCUUCUUCUUCUUCUUCUUCUUUUUUUUUCUUGAGGAAUGGAGCUUCGCAGAGGUUGCCUUUAGAUUCAACAGUUCAGAGCAGGGCUGAAGAGCCUGCAGGGGUCCCCAGAGGCGGUGGUCCCUGCGCCUGUGUGGAUAAGGCUCUGAGCCUGCCUGUGUCUUUUCUGCCUCUUGUUGUGUGCGGGUGUUCGGCGAUCACCUUUGUGUGUCUUCUGUCUGUUUAAACUUCAGGAUGGCUCGCUUCGGGGAGGCGGUGGUCGUUGGCAGGCCAGGCUCAGGCGAUGGAGACUCGGACCAGAGCAGGAACCGACAAGGAACCCCCGUCCCGGCCUCGGGGCCGGCGGCCGCCUACAAGCAGUCAAAAGCGCAGAGGGCGCGGACUAUGGCUUUGUACAACCCCAUACCAGUCCGGCAGAACUGUUUCACGGUCAACAGAUCCCUGUUCAUCUUCGGAGAAGAUAACAUUGUCAGGAAAUACGCCAAGAAGCUCAUCGAUUGGCCGCCAUUUGAGUACAUGAUCCUGGCCACCAUCAUUGCCAACUGCAUCGUCUUGGCCCUGGAGCAGCAUCUUCCUGAGGAUGACAAGACCCCAAUGUCUCGAAGACUGGAGAAGACAGAACCAUAUUUCAUUGGGAUCUUCUGCUUUGAAGCUGGGAUCAAAAUUGUGGCUCUAGGGUUCAUCUUCCAUAAGGGUUCAUACCUCCGUAAUGGCUGGAAUGUCAUGGACUUCAUCGUGGUCCUUAGUGGCAUCCUGGCCACUGCGGGAACCCACUUCAACACCCACGUGGACCUGCGGACCCUCCGGGCUGUGCGUGUCCUGAGGCCUUUAAAGCUGGUAUCAGGAAUACCUAGCCUGCAGAUCGUGCUGAAGUCUAUCAUGAAGGCCAUGGUGCCUCUUCUGCAGAUUGGCCUUCUGCUCUUCUUUGCCAUCCUCAUGUUUGCUAUCAUUGGCUUGGAGUUCUACAGUGGCAAGUUGCAUCGAGCAUGCUUCAUGAACAAUUCAGGUAUUCUAGAGGGGUUUGAUCCUCCUCACCCGUGUGGUGUGCAAGGCUGCCCGGCUGGUUAUGAAUGUAAGGACUGGAUCGGCCCCAAUGACGGGAUCACCCAGUUUGACAACAUCCUUUUUGCCGUGCUGACUGUCUUCCAAUGCAUCACUAUGGAAGGGUGGACCACUGUGCUGUACAAUACCAAUGAUGCCUUAGGAGCCACCUGGAACUGGCUGUACUUCAUCCCUCUCAUCAUCAUCGGAUCCUUCUUUGUUCUCAACCUCGUCCUGGGAGUGCUUUCCGGGGAAUUUGCCAAAGAAAGAGAGAGAGUGGAGAACCGAAGAGCGUUCAUGAAGCUCCGGCGCCAGCAACAGAUUGAGCGAGAAUUGAACGGCUACCGUGCCUGGAUAGACAAAGCAGAGGAAGUCAUGCUUGCUGAAGAAAAUAAAAACUCGGGAACAUCAGCCUUGGAAGGCACACCUCUUGCCAGAGCCAGUAUCAAGAGCACAAAAGUAGAUGGGGCCUCCUAUUUCCGGCACAAGGAACGGCUUCUGCGCAUCUCUAUCCGCCACAUGGUCAAGUCCCAAGUCUUUUACUGGAUCGUCCUGAGUGUUGUGGCUCUUAAUACUGCCUGUGUGGCCAUUGUUCAUCACAACCAGCCACAGUGGCUCACUCACCUCCUCUACUAUGCAGAGUUUUUGUUUCUGGGACUCUUCCUGUUGGAGAUGUCCCUGAAGAUGUAUGGCAUGGGGCCACGCCUCUAUUUUCACUCAUCCUUCAACUGCUUUGAUUUUGGGGUCACAGUGGGCAGCAUCUUUGAGGUUGUCUGGGCAAUCUUCAGACCUGGCACAUCUUUUGGAAUCAGUGUCUUACGAGCUCUCCGGCUCCUAAGGAUAUUUAAAAUAACCAAGUAUUGGGCAUCCCUCCGGAAUCUGGUUGUCUCCUUGAUGAGCUCCAUGAAGUCUAUCAUCAGCUUACUCUUCCUUCUCUUCCUCUUCAUCGUUGUCUUUGCUCUCCUGGGAAUGCAGCUCUUUGGAGGCAGGUUUAACUUUAAUGAUGGGACUCCUUCAGCUAAUUUUGACACCUUCCCUGCAGCUAUCAUGACAGUGUUCCAGAUCCUGACAGGGGAAGACUGGAAUGAGGUGAUGUACAAUGGCAUUCGCUCCCAGGGUGGGGUCAGCUCAGGCAUGUGGUCUGCCAUCUACUUCAUUGUGCUCACCUUGUUUGGAAACUACACGCUGCUAAAUGUAUUCUUGGCCAUCGCUGUGGACAAUCUGGCCAAUGCCCAGGAACUGACCAAGGAUGAGCAGGAGGAAGAAGAAGCCUUCAACCAGAAACAUGCACUGCAGAAGGCCAAGGAGGUCAGCCCGAUGUCUGCUCCCAACAUGCCUUCCAUUGAGAGGGAGCGGAGGCGCCGGCACCACAUGUCUGUGUGGGAACAACGCACCAGCCAGCUGAGGAGGCACAUGCAAAUGUCUAGCCAAGAAGCCCUCAACAAAGAGGAGGCCCCGCCAAUGAACCCCCUCAAUCCACUCAACCCACUGAGUCCUCUCAACCCCCUCAAUGCUCACCCCAGCCUUUAUCGGAGGCCCAGGCCCAUUGAGGGCCUAGCCCUAGGUCUGGGUCUUGAAAAGUGUGAAGAAGAACGCAUCAGUCGUGGGGGCUCCCUCAAGGGGGACAUAGGGGGCCUGACUAGCGCCCUGGACAACCAGAGGAGCCCCUUGUCCUUGGGCAAACGGGAGCCACCGUGGCUGCCUAGAUCCUGUCAUGGAAACUGUGACCCAAUCCAGCAGGAGGCUGGGGGAGGAGAGACUGUGGUGACUUUUGAGGACCGGGCCAGGCACAGGCAGAGUCAGAGGCGAAGCCGGCAUCGCCGAGUCAGGACUGAGGGCAAGGACUCUGCCUCUGCAUCCCGAAGCAGGUCUGCCAGCCAGGAGCGGAGUCUGGAUGAAGGGGUGUCCGUUGAGGGGGAGAAGGAACAUGAGCCUCACAGCAGCCACAGGAGCAAAGAGCCGACCAUCCACGAAGAGGAGAGAACCCAGGACUUAAGGAGGACCAACAGUCUGAUGGUCCCCAGGGGCUCUGGACUGGUAGGGGCUCUUGAUGAAGCAGAAACACCUCUAGUCCAGCCCCAACCUGAGCUGGAAGUGGGGAAGGAUGCAGCUCUGACAGAGCAGGAGGCUGAAGGCAGCAGUGAACAAGCCCUUCUUGGGGACGUACAGCUGGAUGUGGGCCGGGGCAUUAGCCAGAGUGAACCGGAUCUCUCCUGCAUGACAGCCAACAUGGACAAGGCUACCACGGAGAGCACCAGUGUCACGGUCGCCAUCCCUGAUGUGGACCCCUUGGUGGACUCGACAGUGGUGAACAUUAGCAACAAGACGGAUGGAGAAGCCAGUCCCUUGAAGGAGGCAGAGACUAAAGAGGAAGAAGAAGAGGUAGAGAAGAAGAAGAAGCAGAAGAAGGAGAAGCGAGAGACUGGAAAAGCCAUGGUGCCCCAUAGCUCUAUGUUCAUCUUCAGCACCACUAACCCGAUCCGCAGGGCCUGCCACUACAUUGUGAACCUACGCUACUUUGAAAUGUGCAUUCUCUUGGUGAUUGCGGCCAGCAGCAUUGCCCUGGCAGCCGAGGACCCUGUACUAACUAACUCGGAGCGUAACAAAGUCCUGAGAUAUUUCGACUAUGUUUUCACAGGAGUGUUUACCUUUGAGAUGGUUAUAAAGAUGAUAGACCAAGGCUUGAUCCUGCAGGAUGGAUCAUACUUCAGAGACCUCUGGAACAUCCUGGACUUUGUAGUAGUGGUUGGUGCAUUGGUAGCAUUUGCUCUGGCGAACGCUUUGGGAACCAACAAGGGGAGGGAUAUCAAGACUAUCAAGUCUCUGAGGGUACUUCGAGUUCUGCGGCCACUGAAAACCAUCAAGCGCUUGCCCAAGCUGAAGGCUGUGUUUGACUGCGUGGUGACCUCCUUGAAGAAUGUCUUCAACAUACUCAUUGUCUACAAGCUCUUCAUGUUCAUCUUUGCCGUCAUCGCUGUUCAGCUAUUCAAAGGAAAGUUCUUUUAUUGCACUGACAGUUCCAAGGACACAGAGAAGGAGUGCAUAGGCAACUAUGUAGACCACGAGAAAAACAAGAUGGAGGUGAAGGGCCGGGAAUGGAAGCGUCAUGAAUUCCACUAUGACAACAUCAUCUGGGCCCUGCUUACCCUCUUCACAGUCUCUACAGGGGAAGGAUGGCCUCAGGUUCUGCAGCACUCUGUAGAUGUGACAGAGGAGGACAGAGGCCCAAGUCGCAGCAACCGCAUGGAGAUGUCCAUCUUUUAUGUGGUCUACUUUGUGGUCUUCCCUUUCUUCUUUGUCAAUAUCUUCGUGGCUCUCAUUAUCAUCACCUUCCAGGAGCAAGGGGACAAGAUGAUGGAGGAGUGUAGCCUGGAGAAGAAUGAGCGGGCAUGCAUCGACUUCGCCAUUAGUGCCAAACCUCUCACCCGCUACAUGCCACAGAACAGGCACACCUUCCAGUACCGUGUGUGGCACUUUGUAGUCUCCCCAUCCUUUGAGUAUACCAUCAUGGCCAUGAUUGCCUUGAACACUGUCGUGCUGAUGAUGAAGUACUACUCUGCUCCUUGCACCUAUGAGCUCGCCUUAAAGUACCUGAACAUCGCCUUCACUAUGGUGUUUUCCCUGGAGUGUGUCCUAAAGGUCAUUGCUUUCGGCUUCCUGAACUAUUUCCGAGAUACCUGGAACAUCUUUGACUUCAUCACGGUGAUCGGCAGUAUCACAGAAAUUAUCCUGACAGAUAGCAAGCUGGUGAACACCAGUGGCUUCAAUAUGAGCUUUCUGAAGCUCUUCCGAGCUGCACGGCUCAUAAAGCUUCUGAGACAGGGCUACACCAUCCGCAUCUUACUGUGGACCUUCGUGCAGUCCUUUAAGGCUCUUCCCUACGUCUGCCUUCUCAUUGCCAUGCUUUUCUUCAUCUACGCCAUCAUUGGGAUGCAGGUGUUUGGAAACAUAAAGUUAGAUGAGGAGAGUCACAUCAACCGGCACAACAACUUCCGGAGUUUCUUUGGAUCCCUCAUGCUGCUUUUCAGGAGUGCCACGGGGGAGGCUUGGCAGGAGAUUAUGCUGUCCUGUCUCGGUGAGAAGGGUUGUGAGCCUGACACCACUGCACCCUCAGGGCAGAAUGAGAGUGAGCGCUGUGGCACUGACCUGGCCUACGUUUAUUUUGUCUCCUUCAUCUUCUUCUGCUCCUUCCUGAUGCUCAACCUGUUCGUGGCUGUCAUCAUGGACAACUUUGAGUACCUGACUCGAGAUUCCUCCAUCCUGGGGCCUCACCACUUAGAUGAGUUUGUCCGUGUCUGGGCAGAAUAUGACAGAGCAGCAUGUGGCCGCAUCCAUUACACUGAGAUGUAUGAAAUGCUGACUCUCAUGUCACCACCGCUAGGCCUCGGCAAGAGAUGUCCCUCCAAAGUGGCCUAUAAGAGGCUGGUCCUGAUGAACAUGCCAGUGGCUGAGGACAUGACAGUCCACUUCACCUCCACACUUAUGGCUCUGAUCCGGACAGCUCUGGACAUUAAAAUCGCCAAAGGUGGUGCAGACAGACAGCAGCUAGACUCGGAGCUGCAAAAAGAGACCCUGGCCAUUUGGCCUCACCUGUCCCAAAAGAUGUUGGAUCUGCUUGUGCCCAUGCCCAAAGCCUCUGACCUGACUGUGGGCAAGAUCUAUGCAGCAAUGAUGAUCAUGGACUACUAUAAACAGAGUAAGGUAAAGAAACAGAGACAGCAGCUGGAAGAACAGAAAAAUGCACCCAUGUUCCAGCGCAUGGAGCCCUCAUCACUGCCUCAGGAGAUCAUUGCUAAUGCCAAAGCCCUGCCUUAUCUCCAGCAGGACCCUGUUUCUGGCCUGAGUGGUCGGAGUGGAUACCCUUCAAUGAGUCCACUCUCCCCUCAAGAAAUAUUCCAGUUGGCUUGUAUGGACCCAGCGGAUGAUGGACAAUUCCAGGAACAACAAUCUCUGGUGAAUGCACAAGAGCCAGAGGUUAGUGAAUUAAAAAGUGUGCAGUCCUCUAACCAUGGCAUCUACCUUCCUCCGGACACCCAGGAGCAUGCGGGAUCUGGGAGGGCAUCCUCUAUGCCACGUCUGACUAUGGAUCCCCAGGUGGUAACAGACCCUAGCUCUAUGCGACGUUCAUUUUCUACAAUUCGGGAUAAGCGUUCAAAUUCCUCCUGGUUGGAGGAGUUCUCCAUGGAACGCAGCAGUGAAAACACUUACAAGUCGCGGCGCAGAAGUUACCAUUCCUCCCUGAGGCUGUCAGCACACCGCCUGAAUUCUGACUCUGGUCACAAGUCUGACACUCACCGAUCAGGAGGCAGGGAGAGAGGCCGAUCCAAAGAACGAAAGCACCUCCUCUCUCCAGAUGUCUCCCGCUGCAAUUCUGAAGAGCGAGGGACCCAGGCCGACUGGGAGUCCCCAGAACGUCGCCAGUCCAGGUCACCCAGUGAAGGAAGGUCACAGACCCCCAAUAGACAGGGUACCGGUUCCCUAAGUGAGAGCUCCAUCCCCUCUAUUUCCGACACCAGCACCCCAAGACGAAGCCGUCGCCAGCUCCCACCUGUGCCACCAAAGCCUCGUCCCCUCCUCUCCUACAGCUCCCUGAUGAGACACACUGGCGGCAUCUCUCCACCUCCUGAUGGAAGUGAGGGUGGAUCCCCACUGGCCUCUCAAGCUCUGGAGAGCAACAGCGCUUGCCUGACCGAGUCUUCCAACUCCUUGCACCCCCAGCAGGGCCAGCAUCCUUCCCCACAGCACUACAUCUCCGAGCCCUAUCUGGCCCUCCAUGAAGACUCCCACGCCUCAGACUGUGGCGAGGAGGAGACACUCACCUUUGAGGCAGCCGUAGCCACUAGCUUGGGCCGGUCCAAUACCAUUGGCUCUGCGCCACCCCUACGGCACAGCUGGCAGAUGCCUAAUGGGCACUAUCGGCGGCGGAGGCGUGGGGGGCCUGGGCCUGGCAUGAUGUGUGGAGCUGUCAGUGACCUCCUGAGUGACACGGAAGAAGACGAUAAGUGCUAGAGGCUGCCAUCCCCUCCGAUGCAUGCUCUUCUCUCACAAGGAGAAAACCAAGACCAAAUUGGGAAGCCAGUGCGGCCCGGGGGGGAGGAAGAGGGAGAAGAAAGAUGGAGAAAGGACGCCAAUGCAUCCUCAGCGAAGAGGAAGGAAAAGACAGAUGGAAAAACAGUCGAACCCACCAAUUUGGAUUAUUUCCCUUUGCAACAUGGGCACUGCCAUAGUCCUGCCUCUUUGCUGGGGAAAAAAAAUACAAGAAUGUGGGGGGUUUAUUCCCAUGGGAGAAGGGACAUGAAGGUGGCUUGGCUUCCGUUGCCCCUUCCCACUUUUCUAUAAGCUGCGGCAGGAUCUGGCUGACCUGUGUCUAAGCUCAUUGCCCUGAGCAGCUGGGAAGACUUUCCAGCAUCUUAAUGAGGGAAGAGUUGAAAUAGCAGGAGAAGAAUCUCCUCACCAGCUCUUGCACUUUGGCUGCCCCCAGGGGCAACCGCAGCAGCAUCUCAUGCAUUAUCUUGGGGCUUGCUUUCCCCCAAAGAGACACAUGCUAAAUCAGGAGCACUGGAUGCUAGUGGGAGAUGGGAGGGAGGGAGAGAAGGGCCGGAGUAGAAGGGCCCAAGGUGCUGUGGCAACAGCAGCAAGGGCUGGUCUGGGUGAGAAAAGCCAUAGCCCAGCAGCCUGUACCAUGAAGGUGAGGGUCAAAGAAACAGAACUGGAGGUGCUGGUGGGUACAGUCCUAGACUCUAACAUUUGUAACUCACACAGUAGGUGCUGUGGUAGGUAGGCUAGAAAAGGAGGUUCUCCAGGGCCCACAAAGGUGCCUGUAGCUCUUGUAAGGGUAAUAUUAACUCCAAUAGCAAGGGCCCCAACCCCAGAAGGGUUCAGCCACAGUAUAGGAACUCCAUGCAGUUCUCCACCUUGGCCCUUUAGAUACUCGUCAGAGGGAACCCCCAACAGUAGGGGCGAGGUAGAUGGGGAGACUUAAGGCACUCUGGGCAGACUCAGUUUUCCAACAAACAUAAAAGGAACUCAGUGUUGGUGGCAGGGCUGUGACCACAGUGGGCUGGAGGCAGGCAGCAGGCCUCUGUCAGACAGCAAGACUAAUGCUAAGCCAAGCCCAGAAAAGCCAGGUAUUAGCAACUACAUGUUCUCUGCCACUUCUCCAAAUGGACAGGGAACACACAUCCAAGGGGGUCACUGCGUAAUGACUUCUCUACAGAUGAGAAAGCCUGGUAGACUGAAAUGGGAAUGUUCCCAAGGGGCCUGGGGAUCCCCUGUGAGGAGAAGUCCUUGAGCCUGAAGCUCAUGCAGCUUGGUUUGGGGUUUGGGGAGUCAGUUGAGGUACUUAAGAUAAUUAAGUAACUAUACCUCAGUUUUGACCUGAGCUGCGGAUUUUAGUAAAAUAGGCUCUGAUGUGGCUCCCACUAUCUCUGAAUAUUCCCUGGGCCAGGCCUGGGUUCCAUCCCUCCCCAGAGUAAAGGAUGGGUAGAAGACAACCUUGGGCCACUGAGUCAUUCCUAAUCCCCCAAACCAGAAACACCAAGGGAACUUAGGACCCUUCCUCAAGCACUUCCAUCAAUAACACAGUUAAAAGUUCCAUUCUGUGGAAUGCAUCCCCCCUCCCUUAAGCUUCUCUCUAGUAUCAUCAGAGUGGGUGAACAGAUACUUGGGAGCAGGGUGUUGGGCAGGACUGCCCUCUCUGGCCUCUGCACAGGACGCUCUCCAUGAGACUGGAGACCAACACACUGAAAGUUCAGUGGAUCGAGUCUUUAUCCUCUUCCAGACUAGGCAGAGUCUUUUGGGACUCUUGUGUAGGAGCAGAAUUUCUUAGAAGAAAAUUCUCUUUUCAUAUGACAUUUCCUUUCUAUUCUUCUGUCCCAUUCUUUCUAACCCUGGGCUGACACCGCAGCAGCAGCAGCAGUUCUGAAAAGCCAAGUUCAUCCAUGUGGCCACAUUCAUCUGCCACACUCUGCCUUCUCUUUUGAGUAUUGAUGGAGCUUUCAUGAACCAUGGUCAGCCCCAAACCAAAGUCAUCCCAUAACAGGUGACCAACGAGGCCAACCUAAGGCCUGCCAACCCUCAGAUCCUCCCCUUCCACCUCCAUUGUCCUCUCCCUGUGUGCUCAGGGGCAGCUAAGAAUACAAGCAUGAUCCUAAGGGACGUAUGUGAUUGUUUCAUAAGACGGAUGCUAGGACUUGUGUUGUUUUUAAGGUUUUCUCUGCUCAGCCUCAUUCCAUGCCAAAGUGCUGCUGCUAUAGGCCUCUUUGUGUGCACAAAAUUGCUUUCCACUAUAUUGGACAUGCAGCUUUCCUUAGGGGAAGCCUGCAACAGGAUGGCCAUUCUGAGCCAGCAAACCUGUUGGAUGGUGGUUUGUGAAAGUCAAUUGCAGAGAUAUAGCACUACCAUCCCUAUAAUUGGAGAAAUGUGGGCUGGCAGCACAAUGACCAGAUAUGGAAUUCACCUGCAAAGGAUAGUAUCAGUAAAUGCACACUCACACACACGCACAUGCACACGCGCACACACAGCCUUGUAAAGAUAUCAAGUAUUAUAGCUGUGGUCAAUUAACUGAUCACAUAGUUUAUUUUUUAGCACUGGUGACCUUAUAAACAUUUCUUUGUUCAACUUACCCUGGGUUUCUUUUAUCUUGGACAACACUUACCCUUCAUUAAGACCAGAACAUAGAAGAAUUUCUAUUAAGCCACAAACACAUUAUUAUAAUAAUCUCCAGUUUCCUACUGCCUCCUAAUAAACUUGAAUGCCAACCUCCUUCCUUGUAGCUGACCAGAGCUUUCCCUCCUAGCUAUCAGAGCCUGUAUCUUUCUCUUUAAAGGGAAGUUGCUUUCUCAAAGCCCAUGUUUCUCUUUGCAUCUUCCAGUACAUAGCAUGACUCUUUGUGGAAAGUCUUCUUGCAGAAUUCUUUAGUCAUAUAUCUCAUUACCCUGCAAAAAUAUUUGGUCCUCAUCACCUCAAAACAAGAGAGAGGAGAAGAGGGGGCAUGACAAGCAGAAGCCAGGCAGGGAGGUGGUAUGACUGCGCUUGUGUUUGGGCAUGCCUUUUCUCUUAAGGUUCCAGACAGCUUUUCAUGUCCCUACCUUCAUAUCUGUAGGAGGGUACAGCAGCCUUCAAAGGGAUAGGAGGUUCAAGCCAAUGUGCCCUGUGUGUCAGGAAAAACACAUGCCCAUGAAGGAAUGGUACCCUCUAGUACCACCAAGCUCCACAUGAGCCAUAAUGAUAGGGUCCAAGGGGAGGGAGUUAUACCACACUUCUACCUGAGGAUUCUAAUUUAACUGAAGUUUUCACUUCUGGUUCCAGCUGUUCCAGAUGUUCUGAACAUUUCUCUUCCUUCACUCUGAGGCCACACGAAGAGUACCCCAUAUCCCAGCCUUUAGUCAGCAUCUCCCUUUCCUACCUACGUCCAUCCCCCACCACCACAGGUUCUUUGUGUGAACUGUAGUGCUCCUUGGUCUUCCAGUCGAGUCUUUGUUUUGCUGCAUGUUAGCACACCCUGAGAUGGUUAAAUCCAAGUGUAUGAGAUGCAGUAACUGCUCCUGCCAUGCUGUUAGGAAAUGGUUCCUUCUCAUGAAGCCUUGUCUGAAGCUUCCUGGGUGAGCUUCACAAGACCAUUUCAAGGGAACUGUAAAAGAGUGCACACAGGUCUAUGUUCCCAAUAGAGGCUCACUACAGAGAGAUUAGGUCUCUUUGGUAUAGUGGAACAAAUUUUUUAAGUAAUUUCGAUUUAUUUUUAAACAUGAAUAUUUUUGUUACAUUUCUUUCUGAAGCCUGUAAUGUCUGUUUUUUUGUUUUUUUUUUUUUUUUGGAUAGAAUUUCUAGGUAGGUAGAGCAGGGAGUUGGGAACUUUGUUUCUCAGCUUGGUUAUAACAAUGACAAAGUUGAAGUUCUAUGUAAAGGAAAGGUGGACAGUGGGAGGGAAUCAGAUUGUCUCCUGAUACGCAGAGAUUUUUCUGAGAUUUGAAAGAACUUUCACUGCAGUUAUCCCUAUAACAGGGUCAUGUCUGUCAUGUUUUGAAACAAUUUCCCCAAGGCUUGAGGCUACUGAGGCAAAGCAGCCAUUCCUUGGGAAGGAUUCCCUGUCCCACCCAGCCUGGAUGUGUCCUUCCCUCCUGGACCCCAGAGCAUCACAUACUCCAAGAGAAACGGGAAUACUUUAUGAAGCAGGUAGAAGAGGAUCAGCUGACCCCAUGUAGGUGACCAGUCACAGCGUGAUGAUUAACACCAGACAAGAACCCCUGAGGAAUCUGAUGCAGUUCAGAUGAGUUGUCUUUAAAUAUCUCCACAUGGAGAAUCUUCUCUUAACAAAAGCUAAACAAAAUUAACUUAGGGGUUAUGACCCAACUCUCCCAUGAAUGUGAUCAGAGGCAGCCCCAUGUUAAGUGCUGUCUGUACCAGUAAGUAGCCUUUUGCAGUGUUUCCUCUCUGAACCACCCAGAACACCCUAGGCAGGUCUGUCCCAAACAGCAGCAGCUGAUACCUUCUCCAUUGGCCAAAGACUGCUAGGGUGUUUUGUCAGCUGUCACAGGCUACACCCAUAGUACACAGAUGUACUACAUGAGGGGAAAGGUAUGGAAAAAAAUAAUCCUAUUUGCUUUCUGGCAGACAUCUAUGCCUUUCCGUGAAUCUUUUUGGUGUUUUGGGUUUUUUCCCCUUAAUUAAUUUCGUCUGUGUCGUGUGUAUCCCAGAGAAGUCACAUGACACCAAAACAACAAAUUCACAAAUUGGUCCAACCUACCCCAAGGGUCUAGAAAGCAUCUCUGAAUAGAGUUCAAGUUAGCUCAUUUAAUGGGGGCUCCCAGCAAAAUCUAAUAUGAUUCCUGGUAAGGUCUGGGCCCUUGCUUCUAUUUUUAAUAGGUUUCUUACUGCCCACACAUUUCUAUCAUGCUAUGUACUGGAAGGUUAGUGUCCUAACCUUCUAGAUGCAAAAAGAGACUUUAUAAUAAGCCAUGCUACUACUAUGUAAAUACAUUCUUGGGUUUCAAGUUCUUGUUUAUCUAGUUUUGGAAGAGCUGGAGAGACAAUAUAGAAGUAUUGAGAUUAAUGUUUAUUUAUAUCAGUUUGGUAGUUUUUGUUUGAUUGAUUAUCCAAGUAUUUUGGAACAGGCCCAAUCUAGGACAGCCAAGAAGGAUAAAUCUGUGUUCUACAGUAUUCUGAAUUUGCUUCUUUUCUAAGACUAAUUUCUGUCAAAUUAGUGCUAUGAUAAUUGAGUCAAAAACCUGAAGUUAUUGUCUCCUCCCAUCUCUGUAUCCACCCCACCCUUCUGUCUUGUUAAGUGGCCUUGGACCCUUGUCUCCCCAUAUUCUGCCUCUCCUCUUUCAAAGGUCUGAAAAUAUAACUUAGACUUAUGAAAAAAAACUGCUUUGCCCAGCAAAUCAGUCAAAGUCAAGGAAAUUAUAAGAUACAGAAUUAUUUCAGAACAAACCUUAACCAAUACAUAAUACAGAAUGUAUUCUGCAGUAAGAAGCCAAGUUUAAACAAUAUAGCAAUGUGACAAAUGAACAUCAUAGGAAGCUAUAGUGAGUACUAUCCAGGCUUCACAACUCAUCUGUGCCUUCAGUAUGGAUAUUGCAUGUAUUUCCUUUCCCUAGUUAGGGAAAUUGAAAUUCUGAUGCUUGACUAGUACAUGUGUGUGCCGAGGGCUCUGAGUUAAUAAUUAUAAAGCACGUGCCUCCACAAGUCAAGUUGGAAAAACCUUCACUCACUAUAUCAAGGACUUGGGAACUUCUUAGCAUUUCUUCUAAGCAUUGAAUUUUUUUAAGGAAACCUCCAUCUUAAUGGGACUGAGGCUAAGUUUGCUUUACUCCUGCUUUCUACAUCUUAUAUUUUCUUCUCACAUUAGCACUCUUUUUCUUUUCUUAAUCCACGCUGUUUUCAUUAAUCAGAAAAGAUGAAUUCCUCCAACAAACUUCCUACUACCAUCUUCUCUUUGUGGACACUUAAGUCAGAGAGUGAGUAACCAGAAACUAACACAGAAGACAAUUACCUAGCCUGGGUUAGAAAUGUGAGUAAAUUUUAUUUUAAUUUUUUUUCCUACAAGUUUUCUCGAGAUAAAAAUAGGUUGGUCUCUAUAUUCUGAAAGGACAUGUUUGAACUCGAAUUGCAUGGUUGCACCACUUCCUCUUUGGUUCUCAGAGAUGAUGUCCCCUAAACUAAAUAGGAAGCCAUCAUCCUCAUCUGCCGUAUCUGGCUUGGACCUGAUUUGACGACUCAGCUGUUUUCUUUGCGUCAUUCUUAUUUCUUAUAGGUGAUAGUCUAUAUUGCCCAAGAGCUGAUGCUUUAAAGCAAGUCUAUCAAGGAUAUUUAUGAGAUGAACAAGGAAAACAUUUAAAUGUGUCAAGUGCCAUUAAUCAAUUUUUAAAAUAACGGUAAUAUGAAAUGAGGGCUAAAUAGUGUAAUCUAACUGCCAAUUAAAGUACACAGUAGUUCUGGUCUUAGUUACCUUUGAUAUGAAGUUAUAGGCCAUUAAGCAGAUCCCCGUGGGUUUAGUAAAAACAUAGGCGUAGCGUUUUAAUGGCUACAAUAGGGGCGUACAUUUAGACCGCAGGUUGAACUUUAAUCAGUGUUUUUCUAUCCUGGUGUUUUGUGAACAAUCCAAAAUUUCUACAAAGCUACCCUAAGUGCUGCAAUUGCAGAGGAACUUCCCUCUUGGUGGCAUUAGAAUGCUCAGGCUGAGUCCAAGAUUUAGAAUUCACCCAGAAAACCACCAAUGGAGAAACACUUAAUGCACUAAGUAUGUUUGACAUUCUGUACUGGGGACAAGUGAGUAUAGAGAAAGAGAGAGACACUAUUGAACAAAGACAAAGUUGACAUGGAAGAUAUAAAAAGUCCCCGAAGAGAACAAGCUUAAAGAUGUUUGACUUUGGAUUCUACUUCUUGCUUAGAUUUGGGGUAAAUGCUUUAAUAUGAUAUUGGAUUCAGAGGGGUUGCUUUGGUAAACUGACUUGAAUCCCCCCCAAAAUUAGUGGAUUAAUGAACAUCCUUUUCAGACCUGACAGAUGGAGGAGGCAAAAAGCAGCCCAAAGAAUCUAUGACUUCAGAAACUCAUAUAGUAAGCCAAUACUGCAGAGGGCACAGUACCCUUCUUAGCAGCCUUUGUGCCAUAGGAGGGGGAAAGAGCCCAUGUAGGGGACAGGAGGUGUUUUGUCAGGAAUAAAUUUCAAAUGGUAAGGUGCACUGGUACUAACCUCAAAGGCCAACAUUGUGGGAAAGUGAUGACAGGUAUCUAGGUCAUCCCUUCCAUCCUUUGGGACCCAAGGAGAGGCCUUGAUUUGAUCUUAGAAAAUGAACAUGGGAUGGGAUCAAGAGGGAAAUUGAGUGCUCUGCCUAAGGUUGUCAAAAAUGCUGCCACCCACAUUAUCAAACAUGUGAGUCAAGCCCAUGAGACGCCCCCUUAAGGGCAGCAUCCACUGGGGUGUAUCAGCCUGACACUCCUGCAGUAGUCAUAGGUGAUUGAAUGGCAGCCAAUGCUGGCCCACCCAGAGUAUUGGUGCAUCUCGCCUAACACUGGAGUUCAACAGUGCAUGUUGGUCAGGUGGAUAUCCUGUAACAUAAAUGCUCGUUUGGAUCCAAAAGGAAAACCAUUAAAAA